GGGAGAGAUAAAGUUCUUGUUUGGGUCUGAGGCCCGGGAUAAUGAGAUCGGAGCGGUCUCACCUGUAAUCCUCAGGACAACAACAUCCUCAGACUCACACCGGGAGACGUUUCUGUCCGAGAGGACGCCACGCAGAGAUCAUAUCCUCAAUCUAUCAGCGCAAACUCCCGGUCAAAGUUUCUGUCUGUCGGUUUGACACCUCCAAGAGCUUCUCAUUAAAUACAGGACAGGGGCUGAAAGGAGACGAAGCAGGAAGGACACCAGGACAGAGAUGGAGGACGAUAAGAUGGAGGGGGGGAGGUCGUUCAGAGAGGAAGUGAAACCACUCAGAGGACGGUUAUCUCUGCAGUCUGAGAGCUCAGUGACACCGAGAUCUGUCAGAGACGAGGACAGAUUUAUGAGCUCAUGUUCGCCGGAAAACCGAUUUGUUUGUGCCGCAAGAAACCAUUUAGACUAAAGCUGUAUCGACGUUUUUAUUGCAGAGAUUCAUCCUGAUCGAGGAGGAACAUUUUUGCAUUGAUGCGCGGCAGAUGUCUGAUUGAAGUCGAGCUAAAGUGACAUGGAUUUCCAGACAGUUAAAGGAUUCAGAUCCAUCUUUGUACGUUUAAAAGCCUGAGCUCUAACCUCACAGCCGGGCUCUCCGCUCACAGGGAGGCUUCAGCAGCAGCUCUGGGAAACAGCCCAGAGUUUUGGCAGGUCUCAGAAAGCUUUGUGAGAAGUCGAGGAAGAGGAGGGUGUCGGGCCGCAGACUGUUUAAGAAUAAGCAGAUUGUUCGGCUCGCAUGUGAAGGACGAGGCUCUCACGCUCCCGUUUUAGAGGAGAAAAAAAACUCUUUGUGGCUCCAGAUCAGGAACAAAUCAGGAUUCAUCGUCGCCGUCGCCGUCAACGUCACGAAUGUUUCUGAUUAUAUUUCUGUGAACGUGAAACUUUAUCUCUUCAUACUUCAGUUUAGACCAGUGUGCAGUUAAAAUGUUCACAGAAGAUCUAGUCUGCCAAACUGUCGAAUAUCAUUUAUUCACUUAUUCAUUUAUUCACUUAUUCAUUUAUUCACUUAUUCAUUUAUUCACUUAUUUAUUUAUUCACUUAUUCACUUAUUCAUUUAUUCACUUAUUUAUUCAUUCACUUAUUCACUUAUUUAUUUAUUCACUUAUUCACUUAUUCAUUUAUUCACUUAUUUAUUCAUUCACUUAUUCACUUAUUCAUUUAUUCAUUUAUUCAUUUAUUCACUUUUAUUCACUUAUUCAUUUAUUCACUUAUUCAUUUAUUCACUUAUUCAUUUAUUCACUUAUUUAUUUAUUCACUUAUUCAUUUAUUCACUUAUUUAUUCAUUCAUUUAUUCACUUAUUCAUUUAUUCACUUUAUUCAUUUAUUCACUUAUUCAUUUAUUCACUUUAUUCAUUUAUUCACUUAUUCACUUAUUUAUUUAUUCACUUAUUUAUUCAUUCAUUUAUUCACUUAUUCAUUUAUUCACUUUAUUCAUUCAUUCAUUUAUUCACUUAUUCAUUUAUUCAUUUAUUCACUUUUUCAUUUAUUCACUUAUUCAUUUAUUCACUUUAUUAAUUUAUUCACUUUAUUCAUUUAUUCACUUAUUCACUUAUUCAUUUAUUCACUUAUUCAUUUAUUCAUUUAUUCAUUUAUUCACUUAUUCACUUAUUCAUUUAUUCACUUAUUCAUUUAUUCAUUUAUUCACUUAUUCAUUUAUUCACUUAUUCAUUCAUUCAUUUAUUCACUUAUUCAUUUAUUCAUUUAUUCACUUUUUCAUUUAUUCACUUAUUCAUUUAUUCACUUUAUUAAUUUAUUCACUUUAUUCAUUUAUUCACUUAUUCACUUAUUCAUUUAUUCACUUAUUCAUUUAUUCAUUUAUUCAUUUAUUCACUUAUUCACUUAUUCAUUUAUUCACUUAUUCAUUUAUUCAUUUAUUCACUUUUUCAUUUAUUCACUUAUUCAUUUAUUCAUUUAUUCACUUAUUCAUUUAUUCACUUAUUCAUUUAUUCACUUAUUCACUUAUUCAUUUAUUCACUUAUUCAUUUAUUCACUUAUUCACUUAUUCAUUUAUUCAUUUAUUCACUUAUUCACUUAUUCAUUUAUUCAUUUAUUCACUUAUUUAUUUAUUCACUUAUUCACUUAUUUAUUUAUUCACUUAUUCAUUUAUACAUUUAUUCACUUAUUUAUUUAUUCACUUAUACACUUAUUCAUUUAUUCAUUUAUUCACUUAUUUAUUUAUUCACUUAUUCACUUAUUUAUUUAUUCACUUAUUCAUUUAUACAUUUAUUCACUUAUUUAUUUAUUCACUUAUACACUUAUUCAUUUAUUUAUUUAUUCACUUAUUCAUUUAUUCACUUAUUCACUUAUUCAUUUAUUCAUUAUUCACUUAUUCACUUAUUCAUUUAUUCACUUAUUCACUUAUUCAUUUAUUCAGUGCCGUGCUUAUCUCCUGUCUCACUUCUCAUCUUGGAGUUUAUGACCUGUACUGCAGACAGUCACCAGGGGGAGCUGUUUUACGACCUUCUGCUUCAUUAUUAAAUCCACAUUAUUGACGGAUCAUUGGUCGGGACUUUUCACACCUCAGCCAAUCACUAACGCUUGUUAUCUGGUAGAACAGGCCAAUAGAAAGUGGAGGAUUGAUCAGUGACUGUGGAGAGUGUGGCCUCCAGAAACACUCAGGUAUUGAUCGUUGAUCGGUAUUGAUCGUUGUGUGAAACAGCUCAGAGAUAACUCUCACCGUCGUCCCUCCUACUGUAAAAAUCCUCCUGAUUUAUCACCGUCUUCUCAGAGGAGGAGGUUUGAAAGAGCGCCGCUUUGCUCAGGUGCAUCCAAUUAAGGAAACAAAGGGGGGGUUCAUUGAGGAGGUGCAGGUCCAGGGACGUCCAGAACGAAGCUGAGAGGGUUAGCUUGAAAAAAGGAUCGGAAUAAUUCAAUUAGUGCCGAACUGUGAGGUCUCCAAAGACCACGCCUGUCUAUCGGAGUCGCUUUUAUUUUUACGCUUUUUUCAUCACAUUAAGAAAACAUUUGUGUCGGACCCCCCCGAAAAGUCUUACCACCGAUUUCAACAACAUCUAGAACGGCGGCGAUUUUUACCGUCCGCCAAUUCCUACCGAAUCCGUUUGUGAGGCCAAUUCAGGGCUGAUUACAGACAGCGGUAAUAUAAAGACAGACACAUAGACAUAUAAGCAGUAGAUUGUGUCCUUCCAGAGGAGGAAAUCUACUUCUAGACUUCUAGAAUCAGCAUCUCCUCAUCCAUGGUGUCAUCGGGGUGAAAUGACGUCUAAAAACCUUUCACUUGUUCGUCUCCGCCCGUUUGCAUGGUGUGAAAUACGAUCCUCCUGAAACACGGAGUGUUUUAUUUUGAAAAGAAGCCGGAUGUUUUAUUUUGUUAAUGUGUGCCCGACUUCCUUUCCAGCACGGGUUAAUCUGUGCUGAAUUUAUCCGCCAUGGAAAAAUAGAGUCUGGCGAUCCGCAGAGGAACAGAAAGACGUAAGACUGGUUGGGAGGGGUAGAGUUUACAUUCAAGGUUUAACUCAGAUCCUGACCACAGCACCUUUCAUAUGAAGGGGAAAAACACACACACACACACACACACACACACACACACACACACACACACACACACACACACACACACUCCCAAAUUCAGGAGGUCGUCUCUGGUGAACCCGCUCUUUCCGCUCAGCAGCAACACAAAUAAUCCACCAAUCACAAACGUCCUCACUUUGAAGGUUAGUUUAGUUCCAGGUGAAGUUAGGAGACUGAAUAAAUGAGAAGCUGUGAUGAAGUUCAGUCUCUUUGAGGUGGUACCGCUGACUGACCGUGUGGAGCGAGUUUCAGUAGAACUUCCUAAAGUGAGAGUCAGAGAGAGUCGGCGGUUUGGUCAGCGGGCGUCUGCUCUCUUCUUCCUGUUCGGGUGAAGACAGAUUCAGGUCAACAUGAACGGAAUCAGAGCAGACACUUGACAUAAACUCAAAACAUCACAGUUUUAUUUUCCUGCCUCAUCUUUAGUCUAAACUUGCAUCAUGCAAACUUACACCGCCUUUAUAACCGAGGGCGUUUUCAUGUGGUUGUUCACCCGACAGACAGACUCUCUGAGAGAAGACUGAUUAUUUCUGUAUUUUUAAUGAACUUCGUUCUGUCAGAGCGAGAUCAGCAGACACAGACUUUGUUCAUCUUUAACACAGAAAUGAUUCUCAGUGUUUUCAGGACAGCCCGCUGCUCCUCCUCCUCCUCCUCCUCCUCCUCCUCCUUCUUUAAGGAGCUUCUGAUCAUUAAAAACAUGAAAAACUCCACCAUGGCUCAUGUUUUUCUCUCUUUAUCUGAAUCUUACUUCAGUCUUGGCCCCCCCGUAGAUCUCAUUAGAAACUAAGAGUAAGGAGUGAAGAGCAGUGGUCCUAAAGAGGAGCCCUGUGGAACACCGUUCAAAACAAACCAGUCGGUCAGUGAGAAACUUCAGUGUUUAAUCCUCAUUUUAAUUCAACUUUGAACUAAAAUAUACAAAAAUAAAUGUGGAAAAAAACAUUCAUGCAAAAAAAAAAUUAGUGACUAAAAAGACGAGGAGAUCUGCGUGAGAGCAAAAAUCAAGAGGAGGAGAUAAUUCAGGAUAUUAUCGACCAACUCAACCUCCACCCCCGACCUCCACCUUCAUCCUGAUCGUCUCCUAAAAGGUCGUAUCCUCCGAUCGUAGCUGAUCGUAACCAUUCAAGUUAACGUGUCAAUUUACACCGACUUCUUUCCGUUCCUCUGAGGAUCGCCGGACUCCUCAGCUGAUCACAAGAGUUCUAUUUUUUCUGGACGCCGGAGCAUGGCGGAUAAAUUCAGCACAGAUUAACCCGUGCUGGAAAGGAAGUCGGGCACAGACACACAAUAAAACAUCCGGCUUCUUUUCAAAAUAAAACACUCCGUGUUUCAGGAGGAUCGUAUUUCACACCAUGCAAACGGGCGGAGACGAACAAGUGAAAGGUUUUUAGACGUCAUUUCACCCCGAUGACACCAUGGAUGAGGAGAUGCUGAUUCUAGAAGUCUAGAAGUAGAUUUCCUCCUCUGGAAGGACACAAUCUACUGCUUAUAUGUCUAUGUGUCUGUCUUUAUAUUACCGCUGUCUGUAAUCAGCCCUGAAUUGGCCUCACAAACGGAUCCGGUUGGAACUGGCGGACGGUGAAAAUCGCCGCCGUUCUGGAUCGGAGCCGUUCCGGUUCCGGUUGAAAAUUGGGGGUAAGAAGAACUUUUGACUGGUUGGUUGUUCCUCUAAGGACGUUUGGAUGUGACUGUACAGUCUCAUGAGGAGUAUAGAGUAGGAACCAUAAUUCUGAGUGGUGCAUGAUGGGAGGAGGAAGGCUGCAGAGGUGUAGACAGAGUGUGGAGGUGACGUAGAAACCCUCCAACAUCUGCGCUCUCUUCAUCUUCCAUUAACCUCUCCUCAGGUUUCUCCUCCUGUCAGCUCCAUGAAAGAGACCCUCCUCAAUCACACUCAGACGUCCUGCAGACCCCAGACCAAGAACUUAACGAGGAAGACCCUCAGCCCUCUGAGUCAUCCUCUGUCCUCAGACUCAGAGUCUUAUUUCUGUCACAUCCAGGACUUUCAUAUCUGUAAUUUGGACGUGACCCUGAGUCUGACAUGAACAUGAACAUCAUCGAGCAGCUUCAACCAGAACACCUGUCUUCAGUGAUCACCGUCCACACCGUCCCUAAAACAGAGAUGUUUGUGGUGGUGAAAAAUGAUCUUCAUGUCUUAGAGGAAAUCAGUCAAACAGACGAGUAAACGAACCGCUGAGGGCCCUCGAACCAAAUCACUGUCCUCCAGAAAAACGAACAAUCAGUGAGUUUCCAAAAACCAUCAGAACUUUUAUCAGAGAAUUAAACGACAAAAACCAGGAGAAGAAACUGAAAAUAAAUUUAAACUCAGAAACAACGACGACGACGACAACGACGACGACGACGACGACGACGACGACAACGACGACGACGACAACGACGACGACGACGACAAGGGCCCGAGGCGGAGAGAGAAAUCUGAGUUUAUUCUGAGUCAGCAGACGUGACGUCCGUGAUUCUCCCGCCAGAAAACAUCACUGUCUGUGUGUGUGUGUGUGUGUGUGGUUGUGUGUGUGUGUGUGUGUGUGUGUGUGUCAGUGUGUGUCCGUGUGUGUGUGGUUGUGUGUGUCUGUGUGUGUGUGUGUCCGUGUGUGGUUGUGGUUGUGGUCCUCUGAGGCUGAAAUCUCUCGUCCGUUUCCGUCCACUCUGACAUUUUCUGGGAUGAACAGUGAAACAUGAAAACACGGAUAAAUGUCAGCGCCGUGUCCCUGACCGUAUCUGUCCAACAUCAGGAACACAGACGUCUCUGAGUCCGUCCUCCACACGUCAGUACGUGGUCGGAGUACACACAUCCUUCACGGUACGCAGACGAGGGACGGUUGGUCUGACGGCGAUGAAUAGAAACAUGUCUCGGCGUCUUUAUGAUCUGAAACCAGCCGAUCCUCGAACCUCUGAGUCCUUCUCCUUAUUUUACUGUCAUCAUCGUUUAGAGGCUGACCCCUGACCUCUGCUGAUUAAAGCACGCCAUGGUUAAAUGAAGCACACAUAUGCAGCAUCACAAUCUUUAUAAAACACCACAGAGCUUUGGAGCGAGCCCCGCCCUCUGAAGGAGAGACCGGGUACGAAGACGAACCGUGACGCUGUCAGACGACCUCCGAGAUCUUUAUUCCUCUUUUUUUCUCUGAGUCAGACUCUCUCCUCGUUUACAUGCAGCUGCAACGACCUCCCCAACACUAGGGGGCGAUAUGGGUCUUUUCAGCUGUUUCUGGACCUUUUUAAAAUUAUGUCUCUGUUCCUCGUCUUUAAUCGGAAUAAGGCGAUAAUUCGGAUUUCUCGAGUGUCAUGGAAACGGACUGCGAUGUUUCUCGUGGAUGCAGAUUGUUGUCUCAGACUUCUUGUCGAUGUGUCAUGAGGCCUCUGACCUUUCUGCUCCGUCUCCGGGGCUUUUGUCUUGAAGCCCCGCCCUCAUUAUUCUGCAGCUUCGUCACUUUCUUUAAUGAGUCUUUCUGAUUGGUCGGAUCAAAGUUGAGAAAUGACCCCGCUGUUGUGCGUGACGGGCCGACGAUGCUGUUUUCUUCCUGUCUCUCCCCGUUAGCUGAGAAGGCAGAAGAUCUCCUGGGAGGUUGGAGCUGCUGUCACACACACACACACACACACACACACACACACACACACACACACACACACACACAUCCUCAGCAGCCCAGCUGACAGGAUCACUGCUGUGAAUUCAAGACACGUCGGAGACCCGACUGUAACCAGAAACACAGAGGGCGGCGACAUUUACGCACAGACAGAAAGUUUAGAACCUGAGUCAGUCAGUCCGUUUCCAUGACGCUCGAGAAAACCGAAUUAUCGCCUUUCUACGAUUAAGACCGGACAACUGAAGGUCAUGUAAACACCUCAGUCCGACUGUAAUCUGAGUUUGAGAACUCUGAUUAAGACACUCAGAUAAUGAGAUUGGGAUUAGAUUUUCUCUUCCAUGUAACCAACGUAGUCGGAGUAUGAUCAGUUACAGGCCACGCCCCCAUAACCCCGUAACAAACCCCCAGAGUAGAGGAGUAGCGUUGGUCUCCUCUUUAGAAAAAGUAGCGCGUCCAUCAUGUCGGACAAAAACAACGCUGUACGAUGCUCCAUCUUCUUGUUUCUCCAAAAUGCCCAGCAGCAGUUGUAGACACUUCUGACGUCUGACACCGACCUGCUGUUGUUGUUGACGGUUGGAUGGGGUCGGAAACAGCGCCGCUGAAAAGACACAUAUCGCCCCCUAGUGUUGGGGAGGAGGACUCGUCCAGCCCUCAUCUGUUUCAGACGUGUGUUUCUACAGCAUGAAAAUCCGUCCUAAUGAAACUAAAACUUUUUUAUUUUAUAUUUUAUUUUAUUUUUUAUUAAUUAUUUUCUCUUCCCUGUUCAGUGGGCGUGGCCUUGCAGUUCCUCUGACCACCACAGGGUGGUGCUGCAGGAAUAACAGCUCCUCUGAAACACUGACUGCCUUCAUUUCUGACCACAGUGGGACGAUACGUCAAAAGACCACCUCAGUCCGACUUGGAUUUAAACAUUUCUGAUCAUCAAAAGAAUCAUUAUCUCGGCGGCGUUUCCCCGCCAUCGUGAUGUGACCCCGACUGUUCCUACAGAAAUAUUUUCAUAAUGGAGUUUAUCAAACUGGUGUCCACUGAUGAGUUUCACUGCUGAGUAUAUCCGCUCACACCGACACGGCCAAGGUUCGAUUUUCAUUUUAGUAAACGUUAACGAGUCUGACGCUCGGCCGCUGACCUCACUCCACCAAACCUUUGAUCGACCGCAAGAAUAUUUACGUCUGUCACUGCAGGAAACUUCUUCAACUGUUACAGUCACGAGAAAUCAGAGUCUUGAAGUUUGGAAACUCAAAUCAGUUGAAGAAAAGUCCCGAUGAUGUGAGACUGAAGUUGUCAUGAAAUCGUAAAGAUCAAAAGUUACGAACAAAGUCGUAAUGUUUGAGAAAAAACUGCGGCGGUACGAUGAAGUCAGGAGAUCUUUGAAGAUGUUUGAGUGGUAAAAUAAUUCAGAGGUUUGAGAAUAAAGUCGUAAAGAAGGUGAAGAAGUUUUAAAAUAAAAAUGACCACAGAAGAGUCAAUAAAACGUGAAAUAAAAGAUAAAAACGAGAUGAAGGUUUCUCUCUUUGACUCUCUGAGGAGAGUUCCUGAUGAUCUGAGGUCACUCUCAGAGGUGACUCAGACGUCUUCAGUUCUUGGAGCUGCUCAGUUUUCAGACACGAUUGUUGAUAUAAUGAAGAUAAAUUCAUCCUGAGCAGAUGUACGGAGUAAUGAAUCCAUCUGUUUCCAUGUUUUUAACUCGGGGUAAUGAAUUCGUUUGUUUGACGUCAGAGACACUUUCCUGCCUCCACUCAGAGCCCAGCACCUCCUCACACCUCCUGCUCCACCUCCUGCUGUCCCCGUGAUCGACCAGUCGAGGCUCACCUGUCGUACAAACGGAGUAAAUAUCGACUUUUAUCAGGUAGAGAUCCUGAAUUUUAUUUAGAGCAGAAAACGGUGAAAAAGUCGCUGAAAUCCGAUCUCUUAAAGCGCUCUUAUCGGUUUGGUUUGUGAUUUCCUGUGAAGCUUUGUUCUCCGUCUUGAUUAAAAACCGUGUUGGUGAAAGCAGCAGUCGUCCUGAUCUCAGAUCAGAGGUGGAGGCGGCGGGUUGGUUAAUUAAUCAAAGAGUUAAUUAGAUGAAGAUGUCUGCUGGGUCUGUCCUCGCAGCUCUGACACCCUGCUGUCCUGAUCUGAGGCGGAGGACGGAGACGGGGGAUUUCCUGUCCUGUGGGGGUUCAAAACAUAAACCCGGGCUGUCGGCCCAGGACUACAGGACUACAGGACUACAGGGGAACAGGACUACAGGACUACAGGACUACAGGGGAACAGGACUACAGGACUACAGGGGAACAGGACUACAGGACUACAGGACUACAGGACUACAGGACUACAGGACUACAGGGGAACAGGACUCCAGGACUUGAAUAUGUGGUGGUUUGGAUCAGGACUCCAGGACUCCAGGACUCCAGGACUUGAAUAUGUGGUGGUUUGGAUCAGGACUCCAGGACUUGAAUAUGUGGUGGUUUGGAUCAGGACUCCAGGACUCCAGGACUCCAGGACUCCAGGCCUUGAAUCUGUGGUGGUUUGGAUCAGGACUCCAGGACUCCAGGACUUGAAUAUGUGGUGGUUUGGAUCAGGACUCCAGGACUCCAGGCCUUGAAUAUGUGGUGGUUUGGAUCAGGACUCCAGGACUCCAGGACUUGAAUAUGUGGUGGUUUGGAUCAGGACUCCAGGACUUGAAUAUGUGGUGGUUUGGAUCAGGACUCCAGGACUCCAGGACUCCAGGACUCCAGGACUCCAGGCCUUGAAUCUGUGGUGGUUUGGAUCAGGACUCCAGGACUCCAGGACUUGAAUAUGUGGUGGUUUGGAUCAGGACUCCAGGACUCCAGGCCUUGAAUAUGUGGUGGUUUGGAUCAGGACUUGAAUAUGUGGUGGUUUGGAUCAGGACUCCAGGACUCCAGGACUCCAGGACUUGAAUCUGUGGUGGUUUGGAUCAGGACUCCAGGACUCCAGGACUUGAAUAUGUGGUGGUUUGGAUCAGGACUCCAGGACUUGAAUCUGUGGUGGUUUGGAUCAGGACUCCAGGACUCCAGGCCUUGAAUAUGUGGUGGUUUGGAUCAGGACUCCAGGACUCCAGGCCUUGAAUAUGUGGUGGUUUGGAUCAGGACUCCAGGACUCCAGGACUCCAGGACUUGAAUAUGUGGUGGUUUGGAUCAGGACUCCAGGACUCCAGGACUUGAAUAUGUGGUGGUUUGGAUCAGGACUUGAAUCUGUGGUGGUUUGGAUCAGGACUCCAGGACUCCAGGACUCCAGGACUUGAAUAUGUGGUGGUUUGGAUCAGGACUUGAAUAUGUGGUGGUUUGGAUCAGGACUCCAGGACUCCAGGACUCCAGGACUUGAAUAUGUGGUGGUUUGGAUCAGGACUCCAGGACUCCAGGACUCCAGGACUUGAAUAUGUGGUGGUUUGGAUCAGGACUCCAGGACUCCAGGACUUGAAUAUGUGUUGGUUUGGAUCAGGACUCCAGGACUCCAGGCCUUGAAUAUGUGUUGGUUUGGAUCAGGACUCCAGGACUUGAAUAUGUGGUGGUUUGGAUCAGGACUCCAGGACUCCAGGCCUUGAAUAUGUGGUGGUUUGGAUCAGGACUCCAGGACUCCAGGACUUGAAUAUGUCUUGGUUUGGAUCAGGACUCCAGGACUCCAGGACUUGAAUAUGUGGUGGUUUGGAUCAGGCCUUGAAUAUGUGGUGGUUUGGAUCAGGACUUGAAUAUGUGGUGGUUUGGAUCAGGACUUGAAUAUGUGGUGGUUUGGAUCAGGACUCCAGGACUUGAAUAUGUGGUGGUUUGGAUCAGGACUUGAAUAUGUGGUGGUUUGGAUCAGGACUCCAGGACUUGAAUAUGUGGUGGUUUGGAUCAGGACUCCAGGACUUGAAUAUGUGGUGGUUUGGAUCAGGACUCCAGGACUUGAAUAUGUGGUGGUUUGGAUCAGGACUCCAGGACUUGAAUCUGUGGUGGUUUGGAUCAGGACUUCUGUAUUAAUAUAAUAAAUGUGAAUAAAUCAGUGAAACGUUAAAAUCUGAACUCCGUCUGUGUUUUUUCUGUUUGAAGGUUCAUCAGUUAGUGGAUCAUGAACUCAGCGGCUCUGUGGACCGCCCUCACAGCGUGAUGAAGACUGAAAAACUCUUCCUCUCCAGUCUGGACCUGAUUACACUUUUCAUCUGAAGCUGUUUCGGGAAACAGCCUCUCGUCGUUCUGACGGAGGAGUGUUGGAGAGGUGGAGCAGCGUGGUGCUGAUUAGUCCACUCAGAAAACCCCACUGUGAGCCAAACACAGACGUCCUCUCGUGGUGUUUCUCUGAUUUCUCUUCGAAUCUCUUUGACAUCAAAACAUUUGAGCUGUAAAAACACGCGAGUCCUGAGCCGUCUACCGCCGACCAUUUAGUUUUAUCGAACGCUCUGCUCUCUGCCGCGCUUUGAUGGCGCUGGAAGAGGAGGAAUGGGAGUUUACCAGCGCUAAAUGAUCCAGAAACACUCGGCUGAGAGGGAUGAGGAUUUCCCUCAGGGCUCUUCAAAAGCUCCGGUCCUGAUGGUCUAUAAAUCUCACACGUUACUUUCCAAUACAUGAUGAAACGAGGACGAGCGAUAACAUGAGCCGACAUGAUAAAGCCGGUGGAGAUGGAAGAGUAAUGAUCAGUUUUAUUACACACUUUAAAACGUACUCGACAUUCAGGACCAAGAGCUGCAGGAGAUAAACAGAAAACAGCUGAUCAGCUGUUCAGACCCGCAAGUGGAACAAGAAAAACUCUUUUAUAGAGAAACGACGUUCGUCCACGGAGGGCGGGGACACUUUGGAAAUCAUGACCAUCAUGAUACGUGCAGGCAGGAGGUGUCACCUCGAGACCUCUGAACAUGAUGAACGGUGUAGGGCUGGGUGAUGAAACGAUAACCAGAUAUCGAAAAUUGAUUUUCAUCGAUAUCGAUAUCAAACAUGAUCAAUAUCCUUUUCAAUAGUCGCCAUUCUGACGUGUUUUGGUCGACUAAUAAAAAGGGGAGUGUCUCCGGGUCUGAACCAAUCAUGUUCUGAAUUAGAACCAAGUAUCAACCAACUGCAGCGUCGUAGCAGACAGCAGCUCCACCCAACCAUAGCACUUUAACAGGUGAAGCCGACAGCACUGUUGGUGAGAAACAAAGAAAAUGAGUGCUACCCCCGACAGAAAUGACCAUGAAGGCUCAACAGAUGACCACAUCAAUGUCAACCACAACACUGGCGUUAGGAAAACGUCGGUGGUGUGGAGGUAUUUUGGUUUUUGGAGGUCGGACAUGAAGCAGAGUAAUGUGGACUGUAAAUUAUGUCGAGUACAUGUUCUCACAAAGUCGGGGAAUACCUCAAAUCUUUUUCACCACCUGAAGCAGCGCCACGCCGCAGAGCACGCGCAACGCAAAAGGUUACGAACCCCGAGAGGACAUCUUCUUCUUUGAAUCAAGGCUAGACGCCCCCUGUUGGUAUGUUGAAGUUCUGCAGGUUUACGUCCCACAGUCUGGAGAAUAUCUCAAACUUUUGACUCUAUCUGCUCCUCCAGACUCCUCGGUCUUCUUUUCUCCCCCUCAGAUCCCUCCUCUUACUGCACACACACUCUUAUUUGACUUGUACUCAUAAUCCUCGGACCUAGAAAAGCUCGUUGAGAAGCUGUGAGAGUCCGUCUGACCUUCUCUAACUCGGAGCUCUUACAGCCUCAUUUCUCCUCUCUCAGUUAAAGCUCCACAAUCAGGACCAUUCAUCAUCUCCAACUCCUCCCAUCCCUCCUGGAAGAUCUAAAUCUGAGCACAGCCUCAGCCGAGGAAAGAAAACUGAAUUACCUCUGAAGAUCUCCCUCCCUCCCUCCUACUCUCCCUCCCUCUCUCUCUCUCUCCCUCCCUCUCUCCCUCCCUCUCUCCCUCUCUCCCUCCUCUCUCUCUCUCUCUCUCUCUCCCUCUCUCUCUCCCUCUCUCCCUCUCUCUCUCCCUCUCUCUCUCCCUCUCUCUCUCCCAUCCAGAACAAUAGGAGCAGCUCAUUUGAAGCUCUUGAUUUAAAAUGCACUGUGGGCAGAAUCUGUGGCUGUGGCGCUGGGAAUACAGAGCUGCUGCUGUGCCGCCGCCGCCGCCACCGCCACCGCCGAGAGAAAACACGCUCAAAAUAUUCAUCUUAAUUAGCUGGAUAGGCGGCGAAGCGACGCGGCAAACAGAGAGGAAUAUCUUAGCUGGAUUAACUUCAGGGAACAAAGUUUGAAAGGAAUCUUUGGCUGAGUGUGUGUUUGCGUGUGUGUGAGAGUGCGUGCGUGCGUGCGUGCGUGUGUGUGUGUGUGUGUGUGUGUGUGUGUGUGUGUCAGCCCGUCACAGAUCCAUCCAAACAGAAGAGGGAGCAGAGCCGCUGAGAGGCCGGGUCUGACCUGGAUCAGAGUUUUCACCUGCAGGAUCACGAGGCCGACAGUCGUCACAGAGCGACCUUCACAGAGCGACCUUCACAGAGCGACCUUCACAGAGCGACCUUCACAGAGCGACCUUCACCGAGGGUCCCAGAGCUGUCUAAUGUUCAUCUGAAGGAAGCCUAACCUGAACCCUUCAAAAGCUAACGAUCAAAACUGACCAAUCAGAGGGAAGGACAGACUGAGACGAGGCCUGAGGCGGGAAACUGAUGAAGGGGCGUCGUAAACGAGGCGCAGACCGAUGAUGACCACUUUAGUCAGUCUAGGACAUCCACGGAGUAACCACGAUCGUAGCUGAUCGUAACCAUUCAAGUUAACGUGUCGAUUUACACCGACGCCGGAGCAUGGCGGAUACAUUCAGCACAGAUUAACCCGUGCUGGAAAGGAAGUCGGGCACAGACACAAAAUAAAACAUCCGGCUUCUUUUCAAAAUAAAACACGAACGACGAACAAGUGAAAGGUUUUUAGACGUCAUUUCACCCCGAUGACACCAUGGAUGAGGAGAUGCUGAUUCUAGAAGUCUAGAAGUAGAUUUCCUCCUCUGGAAGGACACAAUCUACUGCUUAUAUGUCUAUGUGUCUGUCUUUAGAGAGACGACUCGUUAUCGUGAGAUUGAACGUGAAUCUGCGGGUUCUUGUGAGUUCUCCUGAUUCCUGAUGUCUGUAAUCCGCCAUGAAAUUCGCCUCAUAAAUGGAUCUGGUUGGAACUGGCGGACGGUGAAAAUCGCCGCCGUUCCGGAUGUGGUGAAAAUUGGGGGUCAUAUGGGUCUCAGGUUGUAACCAGUGAGCUGAAGUGGCGCCCCCUGCAGUUGUUUUUAUUCAUGCUGUCAUAUUAGUCGGAGUAAAAAUGAGUAUGACCCUGGAAGGUUUUUCAAAGUAAAAGCCUGAAGCUUUUAUUUUGGCGGUGUGAAAUAAGAACCAUGUUGGACAGAUUGUGUGUGAUUCUGAGCCGACUUUCAUCUGCAGUCCUUCCUCCUCUCCCCGCCUCCGUCUCCCUCUCUGAUUCGGCGUUAUUACCAUCAUUUCCCUGCGGGAUAAAUCGCUCUGCAUGCCGAGUGUGUCAUCACCCCCCAGGACUCUCCAUCAGCUCUGCCGGUCCGGCACGAGAGCGGGGUAAUCCCCGCUGAUCGGCCCUCUUCACACAGACAAAUAAGUCGUCUAUCAUCAGCGCUGAUUUCAGCUCACAGUGAAGGAGAAUGAAUUUCCAAAGACAACAGGCUCCGCUCCGCCGCUCUGAUGAGCAGAAACCUCCUUCAGAUCAGAGUUUUAAUAAAGUUUAUAGUUGGAAAGAGGAGAUGAGGCAGAAAACGAAGCUCUGAAAACUGAGGAGGAAUCCUCCGAGGGUCAUAUCGAUUCGUAGGAGGAGAAACAGAUUCUCCUGAAAGCAGAAGGAUUAUUAUAACAGCUCCAAAAGGCAAUUUAAUUUUGAGCUCAUGAAAGUGAUCGUCUCUGAAAAACAGGCUGAUCUGAAAUUUGAGGUUUUUAUUAAAGCUGCAGGUUUUAUUACAUUUCUGCCGUCAGUCCAAAAUAUUUUCAUAAGACGGUUUAGAAGAUGAUUUUCAUCAGAAUGUGACGUUAUAUUUCCCAGAGGAGUUGGAAUAUAAAAGGACGACAGACACUUCUUCUUCAGAGUUCAGGGCCGAGACAGGAAGGAGAAAUCGGAACCCGAGAGAAUAAAACGACAACCUGCGCCGAUUAUCGACAGGAACGAAGGAAAAGUUCAGACUUUUCAGGAAGCACCCAGAAGAUGAGACACGCAAUAACUGCUUUGUCCACAGGGGGCGCCGAAACCCACACAGAUAAAAAAUCUCUCACAGGAGCUUUAAACAAGUCGUGGUCAAAAGUGAAUCAGGACGUCUGUCCGACAUCUCCGACCAAUCAGAGUGUUUCUUUUUACACAGCUAACUUCAGCCUUUGUACUCGGACGCCACAUUUAACUCCUCCUCUUCUACCACUUUGCAGACGAUUUGGCGCUCAUUAAGCCACACCCACUUUGCACUUCAAGAAUUGACAAACAACCUGCAUGAGCAAGGAGCAAAAGUCGGUCUACGUAUAAGCCAAGAAAAGACCAGGGCCAUGACCGCCGCACAACAUCAACACCGUCCACCACAACAAGACGUCGAGUACGGCGAGAACUUCACUGACCGCAGGAGCAACAUCUCGACUCCUGGAGACGUGGAGAAAGACGCACAGAAGGUUGCUAAAACAACGUGUAGACACUUCUGACGUCUGACACCGACCUGCUGUUGUUGUUGAAAAGACCCAUAUCGCCCCCUAGUGUUGGGGAGGAGGACACGUUCACGUCAAUAAUUCAGUUUUCUCAGCUGCAUGUAAACGAGGACGAGGAGAGAAGUCUGAUUCAGAGAAAAAGACGAGUUAUGAGGUUAGUCUGAUUAAACUGAGACUGUAAAGGACCCGACGGUGAGACCGGUCCAAACUCAGGAUCGGAGCUGCAGCUCUCUCAGACUGAAUUUGUCGUGUUCGUUGAGGUUCUUUGUUGCUCCUCUUCUCUGUGGAGUGUGUUUCAGAUAAACGUGUCUCUGUGUUUGACGCUCUGGGCGGUCCAGACUCUCGUCUCCGUCUGUUGGCUUGUUUUGGUCUGUGGUGACAGGAAGACGACAGAGAACAAGGUCGGCCUGACAGAUGAGUGUGAGCGCAGCGUGCUGAUCUGAGGAGCAGAGGCAGACAUGGAGGUGGUCUCAGGUCGAUUCUCCUCAGGACCUCCGGUGUGAUGAGGUCUGAGGAGCUCCUCUGUCAUUACUCAGACCCACCGUGUGAGGCUCAGAAUCUCCUCUUUUGGGGGGUUUGGGUCCAGGCCAGUAUUUGACACCCGCUGUUCUCCGACAGGAGGACAAUCACGUCCUCUGACCCUCUCUCUCAUGAGUGUUUGUGCUCUCUGUCACAGAUUCACCGAGUUCCUGGAGCCCUUUGAGAGAGUCAUUCAGCCCGAGGAGAUCUGGCUCUACAGGAAUCCUCUGGUGGAGUCAGACCACAUCCCCAAGAGGGUCAUGUUUGUAAGUACUCUGUCUAAUUAUGCUGCUCUCCUAACGAGCUCAAGUGUCACUAAAUCGUCUGUGAACGACUCGCUCUUCUUCGGAGAGCAGAGAUCGUUCAGUCAAGACCUCCUCGACUUCAUUUCCCCUGAUGGAUCUGAGAGAGGUCUGAAACCUCUUUAGAGAUGAGUAUCGUUUUAAUAUGGUCUCCUUCUCAGGUUUACAGAAACACAGAGUCCGGAUCUGAGAGGGUUAGUGUUUUUGGCUCGGGCUGAUACCUGCAGGAUUUCCUGCUGGAGCGUCAGAACCACAUGAACGGGCUCCAGCGUGUCUAAAAUAACUCCAACUGGGCUUCGCAGAGCUCACUCCAAUAAUCUGAUGAUGAGUCACGCUCUGCUGUCAGACUCUGGACGCUUCUAUUCCGGUGAAAUUUGGCAACUCCAAGAAUGUAAACAAACAAACCUGAAGACAGAGCCGGCAGGAUUUCUAUCUGCCAGAAAACUCCCACAGUCUGACGAAAGAACCGAGUGGGUGACGAGAAUCAUAAAGAGCUGACCAAGACUCGCAUUUAAGGAGCCAGGAUAUUUAAGUAAUAACAAUAAUUAUAAUAAUAAUAAUAAUAACAAUAAUAAUAAUAAUAAUAAUAAUAAUAAUAAUAAUAAUAAUAAUAACAAUUAUAAUAAUAAUAAUAUUAAUAAUAAUAAUAAUAAUAAUAAUAAUAAUAAUAAUAAUAAUAAUAAAAAUAAUAAUAAAAUAAUAUUAUUAUUAUUAUUAAUAAUAAUAAUAAUAAUAACAAUAAUAAUAAUAAUAAUAAUAAUAAUAAUAAUAAUAAAAAUAAUAAUAAAAUAAUAUUAUUAAUAAUAAUAAUAAUAAUAAUAAUAAUAAUAAUAAAAAUAAUAUUAUUAAUAAUAAUAAUAAUAAUAAUAAUAAUAAUAAUAAUAAUAAUAAAAUAAUAAUAAUAAUAAUAAAAAAAAUAAAUAAUAAUAAUAAUAAUAAUAAUAACAAUAUUAAUAUUAAUAAUAAUAAUAAUAAUAAUAAAAAUAAUAACAAUAAUAAUAAUAAUAAUAAUAAUAAUAAUUAAAUCAAUAAAUAAUCAUAAUAAAAUUGAUAAAUAAUCAUUAUAAUAAUGUUAAAAAUAAUAAAUAAAUAGAUAAAUACAUUUUUCUAUAAUAAAAAAAUAAUAAUCAUGCCAACAACAACAACAACAAUAAUAAUAACAAUAAUUAUAAUAAUAAUAAUAAUAAUAAUAAAAAUAAUAUUAUUAUUAAUAAUAAUAAUAAUAAUAAUAAUAAUAAUAAUAACAAUAAUAAUAGUUAAAUCAAUAAAUAAUCAUAAUAAAAUUGAUAAAUAAUCAUUAUAAUAAUGUUAAAAAUAAUAAAUAAAUAGAUAAAUACAUUUUUAUAUAAUAAAAAAAUAAUAAUAAUGCCAACAACAGCAAUGAUAAUAACAACAAUAAUAAUAAUAAUAAUGAUGAUCAUUAUAAUAAAUACUUAUUUUCGGCAGCUCAGUCUUUAAUUCACUUUAUUUCCAGCUGUGCUCAAUACUUGAUUCUGAUUGGUCAAAACGCCCUCACACAGCUGCACAGAGUCAGAGUUGAUCUGUUCCUGAUCUGCAGGGUUAAAAACUUCACAGCUGACUUUAUUCUGUGAUUUCAGAUCAAUCUGUCCUCCUCCUCCUCCUCCUCCUCCUCCUCCUCCUCCUCCUCCUCAGCUUUAUCUGAUUCUCUGGUUUUACCUUCAGGAUUAAAAACAGAAGUGGGAAAACUCGUUCAGAUCAAAUGAAGAUAUCCCGUUUUUUUUUUUUCCUGAUCAGCAGGUAAAACUGUGAGUCUGAAUGUCGGUGUAGAUUCUCACUCAUCCAGGUCAUGGUUAAAAACAGGCGACUGGACUGUGUCGAGUUGAGAAGACGUUUCUCCUCUUAUCCAAGAAGCUUCUUCAGUUCUAAAUUUGAUAGUGUGAGGAGCAGAUAUUUAUCUUACAGACAACGACUGUGAGUCUGAAUCUGGUUUUCAGAUCCCUCCUAAACUCCUCCUCCUCCUCCUCCUGCAGGAGCGGCGGCCGUUUCCCUCAUCCUGUCCUGAACCCGAGUAUUUUUAGACUGACCCACUUCUGAGAUCUGCUGGUUUGGCUUCAGAUGUUUGCAGACAACAGCCCACAUCAGAGCAGAGAGAGUUCACUAAUUAGAGCUCUGUAAAAGAUUCAAGGCCAGGACGCUCUUCUGCUGACCUACAGGGGGCGCCAACACCGACACACAGCUCGGAAAAGCCUGUCUGUGAUCGAUCCCGAAGAAGGAGCAGCAGGUUUCCACCCCGAAACAUCCGUGGAUGUUUGUCGUUUAAAAAACCAGCUGAAAAACAGAGAGGAAGGUUGACUCUGAGGUCGGCCAUUCGACGAAAAAAUGAUUACGAUAUACUCUGUCGUAUCGUCCGAUCUCGAUUAUUAUCUCGAUUUUUUAAACUGGCAGUUUUAAAGCAUCAGUUCAAGAUUUUAGAAACACGGAGUAAAUAAACCGUGUUUAUCUCCACGGUCAGUCGCUCGGUUUACUUCCUGUUUACUUCUCCAGAAACUUACAGAAGGGAGCGGGAAAAGCUCCACUCUGAUUGGCUGUUGUGACCCACAUGUCCACCAUAUUUGACAGCUGAUCACCGUGAUCAAACUCAAAUUGAUCAGGAUCAUAUAAUCGCCCAGUCCUGCUCUGAGGUCGCUCCGUUAAAGAAGCUCGUUAAGACUGACGGGGUGAUGGAUCGAUACGAUCAGACCGGGGGGGGACGCUAAAAUAACAAACGUGAUCAUUGACCAUGAUCAAUAAUCAAUAAUCAAUAAUCCUGUCAAAUAAACCAAAACUCCAUCAUCAUUUCAAACAGGCGCGCACACACACACACACACACACACACAGAUCUGCGUUCAUAGAUUCUGCACACGUUCUCCAGAAGCUUCAUCAGCAGGAGUGACUGAAGGCUUGGGGCCGAGCUGAGCUGUUGGGUGGGAUUGCAUCAGGCUGCACAGGUGUCAUCAUGGUGCGGUUCUGGUGUCAUCGAGCCGAGCCGAGUCCAGUUCUCCACCAUUUCAGCCAAUCAUGGCUCAGACUGAUCUGGGGCAGCUGUAGACCUCCAUCUGAGAGCCGUUUGAUCGAACCCUGGCAGCAGCAGCAGCAGCAGCAGCAGCAGCAGCUCAGACCUGUCUGCUCAGGGCUUGUUAAACUCACGUCUGCGCGCGCUGACAGUCUGUCUCUCACUUCCUGUCCCAUCCUUCAUUCAUCCUGAGCAGACGGCGUGCCGAGCUCAGACUGUCAAACACGUCAGGCUCAGCAGCUCCUGGAAACUUCAGUCCUGCUCCAACUUUCUCAGCUGAUGAGUUCGGUCUGUUCGGUGCUGCUCUGAGCUUCUGUGUCAGAUUACUCAGGUCUGGAUCAGAUCAUCAUGAGACGCCGAUGAUGGCGCUCUGCAUGCCGACACAAACACCAACAAUCGAAGGUCGUCUGUCUGUGGACUCAUGCAAAUUCUGAAUCUUGAUCUGGACGUAGUUCCCGUUUCCCAGGGAAAACAUCUCAACCUUCUUCUCUUCAUAAAAACAGGAUCUUGUCCUCGAUGUAGAGGAACUUUUGGUUCCAGACUGAUUCCAGCUUGAAUGAGCCAAUAAUCGGACACAGUAAACUUGACCCGUUCUCACAGGAGCUUCAGUUCUCCUGGUCCAAAGACAGACUCUGGAGCUGUCCUUCAGAUGGACCCUUUGACUCAGAGCCUUUGAGAACGUUUCAGAGCCUUCAGUACUUCCACUUGGUCCAGCGCUCGUCAGCGCGACCGUUUCACUCACAUUGUAAAACGUAUUUAAGGUCACAUGUGCGAAUAAAAAAAUUAACAAAUGUUUUUUUUUUCUUGUAAAUACGGCGGUGAAGUUAGUUUUAGGUUGGAUAUAUUUUCCUGUAAAUACGGCGGUGAAGUUAGUUUCAGGUUGGAUAUAUUUUCCUGUAAAUACGGCGGUGAAGUUAGUUUCAGGUUGGAUAUAUUUUCCUGUAAAUACGGCGGUGAAGUUAGUUUUAGGUUGGAUAUAUUUUCCUGUAAAUACGGCGGUGAAGUUAGUUUUAGGUUGGAUAUAUUUUCCUGUAAAUACGGCGGUGAAGUUAGUUUCAGGUUGGAUAUAUUUUCCUGUAAAUACGGCGGUGAAGUUAGUUUUAGGUUGGAUAUAUUUUCCUGUAAAUACGGCGGUGAAGUUAGUUUCAGGUUGGAUAUAUUUUCCUGUAAAUACGGCGGUGAAGUUAGUUUUAGGUUGGAUAUAUUUUCCUGUAAAUACGGCGGUGAAGUUAGUUUCAGGUUGGAUAUAUUUUCCUGUAAAUACGGCGGUGAAGUUAGUUUCAGGUUGGAUAUAUUUUCCUGUAAAUACGGCGGUGAAGUUAGUUUCAGGUUGGAUAUAUUCUCCUGUAAAUACGGCGGUGAAGUUAGUUUCAGGUUGGAUAUAUUUUCCUGUAAAUACGGCGGUGAAGUUAGUUUCAGGUUGGAUAUAUUUUCCUGUAAAUACGGCGGUGAAGUUAGUUUCAGGUUGGAUAUAUUUUCCUGUAAAUACGGCGGUGAAGUUAGUUUUAGGUUGGAUAUAUUUUCCUGUAAAUACGGCGGUGAAGUUAGUUUCAGGUUGGAUAUAUUUUCCUGUAAAUACGGCGGUGAAGUUAGUUUCAGGUUGGAUAUAUUUUCCUGUAAAUACGGCGGUGAAGUUAGUUUCAGGUUGGAUAUAUUUUCCUGUAAAUACGGCGGUGAAGUUAGUUUCAGGUUGGAUAUAUUUUCCUGUAAAUACGGCGGUGAAGUUAGUUUCAGGUUGGAUAUAUUUUCCUGUAAAUACGGCGGUGAAGUUAGUUUCAGGUUGGAUAUAUUUUCCUGUAAAUACGGUGGUGAAGUUAGUUUCAGGUUGGAUAUCUGACGGACAUUCUCUGAGGAUCUACCGGUGUCUUCUCACUCUCCAUAACCGGGAAUAACAACAGCAGCGCGGUUAAAUCUACUCGACACCCUCACUGUCAACGUCGGUGUUGAAUAAGGGACCGUCAAUAAAUUACCGGUUGAUGUUCUCAGAAAAGGCUGUUUUCCUUCAAUAGCUUCACUGUCAUGUGACCAAAAGACCUAAAACUGAUUUCUAAUAAUAGUACUAAGGUCGAUCAAUAAGACAAACAUUAUUGAUCAGUUUUCAUUGAUCCCCUAAAGUUCUUUGUGUGCUCCUAAGUUGAAAGAAGUUGGUGUCUGCGCUCCUGUGACCUGAGUGAAGGUUGGUGCAGAUUCUCCACCUCCCCUGACAUCCUUUAUUAAAAUGUUGACACUUCAGAUUAGCUCCACUGUCUGGGGGUUUCAGCCUGCAGCAGGUCCUUCAAUAAUAAAAGAGGGAAAAAGACUCAGGGGUUUUUUCUUGACCACACGCUCCGAGAUAAAACAUCCAGCAGUCAGGUUUGCUCAGCGUCAUCUCUCUGACAGCCGCUCCGCUGGUGGACAUCACUGUCUGUCCUCCCCCCACCCCCCCGGUGUCUCUGCAGACGGCUGUUACACUCAGCAAACAAGAUGGGAGAUGAGAGGGUCUAAAUUUAGACAGAGGUGAUUUAUCUCCUCAGGAUCUUCUCGCUGUCAUGACGGUUAAAGGGAUAUUCCUUCGUAAAAUUCAGGGUCAAACCCACCGUAACCCCGAGUUAGACCCCGCCUCCAGAGAUGAAUGUUGUCGACCGCUUCCUUAUAGUUAUACCAACUUUAGUAACGACCGCAGGAUAGAAAUACAGAGAGCCACGCCCCCAACCAAAACGCCACUCUAUAGCCACAAAUAAUGCUCAGAACAGCACCUAACUUCAUCAACAGGACAUAUAGGGUCACAGACAUAGUACUAUAUUCAGAGUUGUUCUAAGAAAACAUAAACUUAAGCGGGGGCGUUUCUCCACCUCUGUAGUCUAUAAACUGGGCCAAUAAACUUCUACUGUAGUAAAAUGAAAAGGUAAAGGUGUUUUUAUUGAGCCGAAUUAUCAAUAAAAUCAUGAUUUUGUUAACAGGUAUGGAUUUAUGUGCUGUCGAGUUAAUAUAUUUGAACAAGAGCACAGUAAAGUUAAAUCAGCUAAUUUUCCAAUGAGGUUCUGUUACUGAACGGAACUACACCAUGUUUUACUGAGGUUAGUACAUAUAGGGUCACAGCCAUAGUACUAGACACCAAACAUCUUUUUAACUUUGACUCAUUUCUUUAGCAAAGAGACUAAACACAACUCACCUACUCUCUUCCAGCAGACGCUUGUUUGUAGAGAGACCUCAGGCCAGUCCAUUACAGACUACAGCGGGGUGCCGCAGCUCAAGGAAGAACAUUUAUGAUCAUUUCUUCAUGGAAAUACAAUCAGACCGAGACGCUAAGACAGAAGAACUACAGCGUCUGUAAAAUGAUUAAUAUGGUGAUUAUUACUUCAAGGAAAAAAAGCAAAAAGAGGCAAAAUCCUAAAAAACUAAAAAUCCAAAAGGACAAAAUCCACAAGACGACACUGGAGUUAUAAAAACUGAAACGGAGUUUUAGCUGCUUCAGUUUCAAAGAUUCUGAGGCUGAAUAAUGACUUUAGUGCUGAGGAGCUCAAAUCCCUGAUCAAACAGAAACCUCCUCUGAGCAGGGGAGGAGGAGGAGGAGGAGAAGAAGAAGAGGAGGAGAGGAGAGGGGAGGAGAGGGGAGGAGAGGAGAGGAGAGGCCCCGUAAUGAAGAGUACAGAGCGUCUGAUUGGCCCUCCGUUCACCUCGUUAUAAUUAACUCAGAGUAACACGUCGUUUCCUCGCCGCUCCCCCCAGGCUGAAGCCGUUUCAUCGUUAACUUCGCAGAGCGCCGCAGAGCCUCUGAUGACAUCAUAACCUUACACUUCCUGUCUGUCUUUAACGCUGUUUCUCAUCUCCUCCUCCUCCCAGGCCAUCUCCUUCCUGACCCCGCUGGCUGUGAUCUUCGUGGUGAAGAUCAUCCAGAGGACGGACCGCACCGAGAUUAAAGAGGCCUGUUUAGGUAGGUGACCUCCACCUCAACAUCUGACACACCUGAGACACAGCAGGUCUCCACCUCCGGACCAUCAGGGGUCUUCAAAUCUUCAAAGGGGUACUGUAAAGUCAGGGGUGUUAGUUUUCACACAGCUGCAGCACCGUCAUCAGCUGUUACCAUGGUGAUCCCAGUUUGUGUCUCUGAGCUUCAUGAAGGUCUUCCAUCAGACUUCCUGCUGUUUCCUGGAGCCUCUAAAACCGGGUGAAGGCUGACCCCCGACCUCCACCUUCAUCCUGAUCGUCUCCUAAAAGGUCGUAACCUCCGAUCGUAGCUGAUCGUAACCAUCCAAGUUAACGGGCUCUAUUUUCGUGUCCGCCAACGACGUGGUAGAGGGUGGCGGUCCCCACACAGUGAUAUUUUCAUCUGGAGGAGCCCAGCAUACAGCUACACCGAGGUCCGCCAAGCUGGGCGUGGCGGCGUGGCGGGGGAGGUGUCGCCAGAAUCAAAACAGGUCUCUGCUGUGUUAAACCCACUCCACGCCCUCUCUGCGACUUACCAAAAUACCAAAGUGUGCUUGGGCACGCUUUUUCGGCACAGCUGCCCUGACUUACGCCGGAUAAAUUCAGCACAGAUGAACCCGUGCUGGAAAGGAAGUCGGGCACAGACACAAAAUAAAACAUCCGGCUUCUUUUCAAAAUAAAACACGAUUAAAACCCCGAUGACACCAUGGAUGAGGAGAUGCUGAUUCUAGAAGUCUAGAAGUAGAUUUCCUCCCCUGGAAAGUAGAACACUCAUCUACGUUAGUGCAGGUUUGAUCCUCUUUAGUGAUUUUUGAUGCAUUAGCUGAAACACAUGUACAGAGCGUAGAUCUAUUUACACUAGAAUACUCGCCCACAUCAUCCAGAACAGGUCCAUGCAAAGCUGGUCAUGACUGUAACUUCAUGCAGAUGAAGCAGCAGCUCCGAGUUCCUUCACUGUGGAUUAAGAGGGUUCAUAAAGUCCUCACAGAUGAAUGAAGGUGAGGAGGACGCAGGUCUGAGGUGGUGAGCAGAAAACCGAGUCUGAGUUCAUCUUCUGAUUCUCGCUGUGAAGUUUCUUUUCAGAGAUCUCAGUUUGUGUGGGGAGCUCUGCAAGUCUCUUCAGGUCCAGUUUGUGGGCACCUAACAGUUAUAAAUGAGACCCAGGAUUGAGGACAAAGACCCUCUGAGAGACCAAUUACCGGCUCCCAGGUACAGCUGUGGGAGGACUCCACUUUAUCUGAAAACUCCUGACAGAUGAAACGGCUUCAUUUCUGUCCUUCAGAAGAUCAACCUGAGAGUCAGUAAAUGAGUCAGCAGAGGAGCAGCUGCUGGUCCGGUCUGUCCCCAAAGUCUCUCUCAAAACCAAUUUACACCACAACCGGAACAGCAGCCAUUUAUGAGGCGAGUUUCGUGGUGGAUUACAGACAGUGGUUAUCACAAGAACUCACAAGAACCUUCAGAUUCACGUUCAAUCCCACGAUAACGAGUCGUCUCUCUAAAGACAGACACAUAGACAUAUAAGCAGUAGAUUGUGUCCUUCCAGAGGAGGAAAUCUACUUCUAGACUUCCAGAAUCAGCAUCUCCUCAUCCAUGGUGUCAUCGGGGUGAAAUGACGUCUAAAAACCUUUCACUUGUUCGUCUCCGCCCGAGUGUUUUAUUUUGAAAAGAAGCCGGAUGUUUUAUUUUGUGUCUGUGCCCGACUUCCUUUCCAGCACGGGUUAAUCUGUGCUGAAUUUAUCCGCCAUGCUCCGGCGUCCAGAAAAAAUAGAACUCUUGUGAUCAGCUGAGGAGUCCGGCGAUCCGCAGAGGAACGGAAAGAAGUCGGUGUAAAUUGACACGUUAACUUGAAUGGUUACGAUCAGCUACGAUCGGAGGAUACGACCUUUUAGGAGACGAUCAGGAUGAAGGUGGAGGUCGGGGGUUAGAGACAGACAGUGAGACCUUGGGUUAUGGAAGUCUAGAGCGUCAGUUUGGUCCCUGAUCAGAGACCCCCUCCUGGUCUGGUUUUAGUCUCAAACAGCAGCUGGUGUCUGUUUGGGCUUCAGGUCUGCAGAUGUUUCUGAAGAUCACAGAGCAUUAAGACAGUUUCACACCAAUCCAAUUAAAGAGACACACCGAGAUGAAUCUGUGUGUGUGUGUGUGUGUGUGUGUGUGUGUGUGUGUGUGUGUGUGUGUGUGUGUGUGUAUGGGGGGGGCUGAGUGCAUCAGUGUUCAGAUUACAGAUCAGUGUAGAAGGUAACAGACCCAUUAGGACCCACAGAGACGCUCUUCUACAGGAGAACAACAUCCAGAGGAACAGGGAGCCAAUUAUUCCGACACUUCCCUGAAUGUUCCCGGUUUGAGCAGCACUUUGAACCGUCGAUACCUCCAGACCUAAUGAGACACAAAGAUCAGCAGAGCUAAUUUUCAGCUGUGUCUGCACUUUCAGAGUAGAUUACUUCAGCUCCCUGCAAACCUGUUUCAUCUUCAUCCCUGAAAUCACAGAAACGUUUCUGUCGGAAUAUUCUGCUGAGGUUUGAAGAUCUGAGAUUUCUGCACAGAGUUUGAGAUUCCAGCGUCUUUAUGGAGAGAGCAAAAGUUCACUUUGAAGUCGUGGUGUCUCCAUGUGUACACGAAAUCUGACCCCGAUCUCCACCUUCAUCCUGAUCGUCUCCGAAAAGGUCGUAUCCUCCGAUCGUAGCUGAUCGUAACCAUUCAAGUUAACGUGUCAAACGAACAAGUGAAAGGUUUUUAGACGUCAUUUCACCACGAUGACACCAUGGAUGAGGAGAUGCUGAUUCUAGAAGUCUAGAAGUAGAUUUCCUCCUCUGGAAGGACACAAUCUACUGCUUAUAUGUCUAUGUGUCUGUCUUUAGAGAGACAACUCGUUAUCGUGAAAUUGAACGUGAAUCUGCAGGUUCUUGUGAGUUCUCCUGAUUCCUGUUGUCCACCAUGAAAUUCGCCUCACAAACGGAUCCUGUAGGAAUUAAAAAUCGCCACAUUCAGGACGAGGUGGAAAUCUCAGGUCAAGAGUUUAAAGUCAGUUUUCUCAGGUGGAGUAGAAGCUGCUGCAGUCAGCCUGUUUGGAGAGUCUCAUCCAAAGAUCUGAGGAGAACCUGAGGAGCAGCUGAAGAACAUCAGAGGAGGUUCAGAGCAGACGUUAGCAGGAACCCUCCAGAAAUCCACAACCAGCAAGAGAAACCUGAGCUGAACCGGACACUUCAGGGACAGACUAGAAGUCCUCAUGGAGGUCUGAGUCUGCAGCAGUCCCAGAACAGGACCAGAAGAAUCUGAGCCUGUAGGACUUAGAGCUCAGAACAGGUCUGAAGAAGUCUGGGACUGUAUCAAUCUGAGACUACAGCAGUCCAGGACCAUAGAAGUCUUUCAAACCCAUGUCAGUCUGGUCUAGUUAAGUCUGAGCCAGUCCAGGUCUACAUCAGUCCAGGUCUACAUCAGUCCAGGUCUAUAUCAGUCCAGGUCUACAUCAGUCCAGGUCUACAUCAGUCCAGGUCUAUAUCAGUCCAGGUCUACAUCAGUCCAGGUCUAUAUCAGUCCAGGUCUACAUCAGUCCAGGUCUAUAUCAGUCCAGGUCUACAUCAGUCCAGGUCUAUAUCAGUCCAGGUCUAUAUCAGUCCAGGUCUACAUCAGUCCAGGUCUAUAUCAGUCCAGGUCUACAUCAGUCUAGGACUGUAGCUCCAUCGUCUCGUCCCUCUGUGUUUUUCAGACUGAAUGUUUGAUCAUCAUGUUUUUUCAGGUUUCUUCUGUUUCUCUUCGUGAAUGACUCGGAUGAUGAUGAUGGUGAUGAUGAUGAUGGUGAUGAUGAUGAUGAUGAUGAUGACGGUGACGGUGAUGAUGAUGAUGAUGAUGACGAUGAUGAUGACGAUGACGAUGACGAUGAUGAUGGUGAUGAUGAUGAUGAUGACGAUGAUGAUGAUGAUGAUGGUGAUGAUGAUGACGAUGAUGAUGACUCUGCAGGUUUCAGGUUUCUGUUUCGCUCACCAUCAUGAUUCACGGCGUUCAGACGGAGUCAUUUCGCACUAAGUGAGACAAUCCGAGAGUUUCUGAUAAAAAAAGACUUCCUCGUGACUCACGGAGACAAACCUCCUGCUGCUGGAUCUUAGACCAGGUUUUUGAUGGUCCCUGGUGUCUGACCAGGCUUGGAUCUUAGACCAGGUUUUUGAUGGUCCCUGGUGUCUGACCAGGCUGACAUGAGCGUUCAGUUUCUUAUUCUCUGAAGACUACAGUCAUCAGGAGUCGUACCGUCUCUGGUCACCUCUGGUAAAAACGGAUCAUCAGUCCCUCCAGGUUUUAGAAAUGUCGGAACCAUCAGCCGCUUCGAAAGGAUUUGACAUCCUCCAAACUCAGAGUGAAAGAAGGUCCAAACAGAAGAGGAUUUAUGGAGGCAGAGAUCAUGAAGAGACAUCCUGCUUUAUAAGUCGGAUUCCUUCCACUCUGCAGAAACUCUCUCCUUCUCUGGCAGCAGAAGUGUGUCAGUGCAAACGAACAGGAAGUAAUGAAUACCCUGAUGACCAUCAGCAGACUGUUGGCUGUGAGGAGGAGCGGCGGCUCCAAGAGAAGACGGACAGGGAUGAUGACGGGUCUGAAAGUACCAACAGAGGCCUGCAGAGAGGUGCGAUCACAAACUCUGUUCCUGCACCUCGGAGGAUUUUAACGCACCUGCUCUGAAAUGGCGUUUUAAUUUCCCCUCCUUCACCUGCACACCUGGACGUUUCAGAUACUGCAGGUUUAAUCCAGUAGAGAGGGCGGUGUCUCUCCUCUGAGCUGAGGGACGGUCUGAUAAAGAGAGCUCAGAGUUAUUCAGCAGCGUGAUGUUGUCUCUUCCCUAAUCUGCACAGAUUAACAGACUGUUAAAUGGACUGACACGGAGCUCCUCUCUGCAGCUCAGAGACUAAAUCCAUCUCAAACUCAGCUGACCUGAACACUGAGGGGGUUAAACUGUGUGCAGGAGUCUGGGUAAUGAAGAGGCUAAUGAUGAUUCUACCUAACAGAGCUGAAGUGAGGAGGAGCAAUCGUUUCCAACCCUGCAGAGACUGUCUGAGAGGAGAGACGCUGAUCGGACUGCUGAUGGCCACGGCAGUUCUGUUAGAUGGACUGAAUCACUAGAAUCAGUUCACUAAAAAGAUUCGUUCACCAAAUCACAGAAUCAUUGAGUGGGAGGAGCCUGCGACCCCGACCUCCUGAACUGAACGGUUCAGGAUUCAGUUCAGAUCAGAGCUUCAGCAGACGAGAGUCUGUGUUUCUGUAAAAAUGAACGUGUUUAUAAGUCGUGAUGUUUUUCAUGUUAUUGAUCAGGUCUGCUCGAUAAAUCAGGGUCAGUGAGUGAUUCGUUCACACUGAUCAUGAACCGUUCAGGGUCAGUGAGUGAUUCGUUCACACUGAUCAUGAACCGUUCAGGGUCAGUGAGUGAUUCGUUCACACUGAUCAUGAACCGUUCAGGGUCAGUGAGUGAUUCGUUCACACUGAUCAUGAACCGUUCAGGGUCAGUGAGUGAUUCGUUCACACUGAUCAUGAACCGUUCAGGGUCAGUGAGUGAUUCGUUCAAACUGAUCAUGAACCGUUCAGGGUCAGUGAGUGAUUCGUUCACACUGAUCAUGAACCGUUCAGGGUCAGUGAGUGAUUCGUUCACACUGAUCAUGAACCGUUCAGGGUCAGUGAGUGAUUCGUUCACACUGAUCAUGAACCGUUCAGGGUCAGUGAGUGAUUCGUUCACACUGAUCAUGAACCGUUCAGGGUCAGUGAGUGAUUCGUUCACACUGAUCAUGAACCGUUCAGGGUCAGUGAGUGAUUCGUUCACACUGAUCAUGAACCGUUCAGGGUCAGUGAGUGAUUCGUUCACACUGAUCAUGAACCGUUCAGGGUCAGUGAGUGAUUCGUUCAAACUGAUCAUGAACCGUUCAGGGUCAGUGAGUGAUUCGUUCACACUGAUCAUGAACCGUUCAGGGUCAGUGAGUGAUUCGUUCACACUGAUCAUGAACCGUUCAGGGUCAGUGAGUGAUUCGUUCACACUGAUCAUGAACCGUUCAGGGUCAGUGAGUGAUUCGUUCACACUGAUCAUGAACCGUUCAGGGUCAGUGAGUGAUUCGUUCACACUGAUCAUGAACCGUUCAGGGUCAGUGAGUGAUUCGUUCACACUGAUCAUGAACCGUUCAGGGUCAGUGAGUGAUUCGUUCACACUGAUCAUGAACCGUUCAGGGUCAGUGAGUGAUUCGUUCAAACUGAUCAUGAACCGUUCAGGGUCAGUGAGUGAUUCGUUCACACUGAUCAUGAACCGUUCAGGGUCAGUGAGUGAUUCGUUCACACUGAUCAUGAACCGUUCAGGGUCAGUGAGUGAUUCGUUCACACUGAUCAUGAACCGUUCAGGGUCAGUGAGUGAUUCGUUCACACUGAUCAUGAACUGUUCAGGGUCAGAGAGUGAUUCGUUCACACUGAUCAUGAACCGUUCCCUCACAAACCGCUGCAGUGACAGGAGGCUGCAGGUUUAAUGCUCCACUUUGUUCCCCGCUGUGUUCUUCUGUCCGACAAAAACGAUUCCAGAGAGUGUCGCUCAAUGCGUGAUUCGUUCACCGACUGAUUCAGGCGUCGGCGCGUGUGGUCUCUUGUUCGCCACCUGCUGGCCUGGCGAUGAUGUUUCUCACUUCAGUUCAACUGAAGAGAGAAACGAACAAAUCACUCAGCGAAGUGAUUCGGUUCAGUACGUUCACUUAAAAGAUUCGGUUCUUUUGAACGAAUCGUUCGUGAAUGACCCAUCACUCGCUCUGACACAGCAGAGAGUCGAAAACUUCCAGGAUCUGUUUGGAGCUCGUUGUUCCGUAUGUUCUCCGUAGAGCAGCGAGGUUCCCCAAGGCUCCAUCCUGGGGCCUCUUUAGUUCAACAUCAAAAUAAGUCACCAAAACAAAGAAGGUGUGGAGGUGAACCAUAUCUGGACCAGGUCACACUGGUCAGACAAGAAAAAGGACAGGCCCCUUUAACGCCUUUCCACGCCCCGUCAUCACCUGAUGGGCGUGCGGUCCUCUACACCGGACCCACCUUUUGAUGGAUGGACCCGCGGUCCAGAUCCAGUAUCAGUAGAUCUCAGCAGGUCGUAGUCAGCUCCUGCACGCUCAUCUGGAAACCGUGGUUCAGCCUUGGGUUUGUAUAAAAUCUGCUGGAUUUAUUUCAUCUCAUCCCUCCACGACAUAAUCCUGCGGUAAUAAAGACGCUCUCUCAGGCGGGACAGACGCCGUCGGCGUUUACGUCCUGGCUGCCAGCAUACAGUCAGAGUAAAUCUGCUCUCCGCCGUUGGCAGAUGUGAGUCGACGGUAAAGCGUUUGAGCGUGAUGAUGUGAAAACCCGAGGCGGAGCUGUUGGUCAUAAAUUUGUCUCUAAACUCCUCAAGCGUCUGUUUCUGCUCAGACGCUCAGAAGCUGAGCGUAAAUCCUCGAACCGUCCGUCAGGAAGCUCUCAUGAAGCUAACUGAGCAGGAGGGGGCGGGCUGCCAGAUCUACUCCAGUAUCAUUGUCUCCAUGAAUCAUAUCUGCAAUGCUAAUGCCGCCGCCGCCGCCGCAGUCUGUGAAUGAGUGAGUCUGUAGACUGUGUCUGACUGUGGCUCUUCCUCCUGCAGCCGUGUCCUUGGCUCUGGCUCUGAACGGCGUCUUCACCAACACCAUCAAGCUGAUCGUCGGCAGGUAAGACAAACCGGAGGCUCUCGUGGUCACAGAGAAUCACUGACUAACAUGGCCGCCGAGUUUCAGAGAGUGAAAGAGUGUGACUUUAGCGUUACGAUGUGUUCGCCCGCCGCCGUCGAUUUAUCCCUUCAGACUGACGUCCUCACCUCCACGCCAGCUGCUCCCUGACGCUCGUCUUAAUUAACCAGAAAUUAGGAAUGAAAAUUAGAACAAGAGUUUUGAAAACAAACAUUUAUUCGUCAAUAUCGCGUUUUAAACGUCGCCGCUGUUGUGCGUGAAGGAUAGAGGCGCCAAGACCCCCCGAAAAAACUCGGCGUUUCAGUCACCAAAUCGGAAAAAUGCGAAAUCGGAGAUGCAGACAAGAUCGCUACAUCGACUUAAGUUAUUGAAGUGUUCGUCUGAAUAUGAGGUAAGCGCUAAAGUAACUUUCGUAGAUGUCGCCAUCUUGUUUCUGCCUCCGAUUUCGCUUUUUUCCGACUUGGUAACUGAAACCAAAGACUGUUUAUAAAAUGGUCGCCGUCUGCCCCCUCCCUGAGUGAAACCACUCUGAGAACAGCGCCCUCUAGUGACAGGCUGCAGUAUAGGUCAUAGAUCCCGCCUCCUUAUGGAGCCGUGGACAAAUUUAGAUCCAGUGGAUCAGUCUGGGAUUGGUCAUCGCGGUCAGCCAAUCAGAGUCAGUCGAGUUUAUAAUCAUGAAAAAAUAAAUACAGAGGAGUGAACGGGCAAAAACGAGCGUGAGGAAUGUCAAGUGUGGCGUGUGGCGUGAGAAUGGGUCACACUGCGUGACUGUCGCACUCAUCUCUGUGACUAACAGGAUGUGGUCUCUGAUUUCAGACCCAGACCCGAUUAUCUCCAGCGCUGUUUCCCUGAUGGACAGGUGACCACCAAGAUGCUGUGCACCGGAGAGCCAGAUCUCGUCUCGGAGGGACGCAAGAGUUUUCCCAGCAGCCACUCGUCCUGUGAGUGUCAUCAGUCAGGGCGAAACACCGCCAGCUCUGCCACACAACGCCAAAACACACUGAACUCAGUCUGACUCAGUAAAACGGCGUCAAACGGGCGCUGUUCACCCAGCUGGAGCGUGAAAAACACGCCAACAUUUACAAGAAGAAAAGACGCCAAAUCGGCUGAUAAUGAGCAGACCUGGCAACUUUGGUCCCUGUGAGGCUGUAGAUGUGCGACUUGACUGAGCGUGUUUGGGGGUGUGGCGGGUUGACUCGGGCGGAAAUGAGAGUCAGGAAACGGGGGCGAGGAAAGGACAACCUACCGCCAUCGUCAUGUCUCGUCGUGAGGAGCUGGUUUAUAAUAAAGCCGCUUAUAAUAAGCAGACUUGGCAACACAGUUGUUGUCCCGGUCGGCGCAUAACCUGCUCCCUCAUGUGGCGCUCACACCAAGCGCGAGGAAAACCAUCUGCUUGGCUUAUUCGCGCGAAUCUAGACGUGUGAAUGAAUAAUAUUUACUCGCUUCAUUCGCGCGAACGACUCGCUUCAUUCGCGCGAACGACGCGCUCGACGCCACACCUUCUGCUCCCUGAGUGGCUAAAGUCAUAACUGUGGUUCUCGUAGACGCGCUGUCGUAAAACUGACGAUGUUCUUGUAGAUGUCGCCAUCUUGUCAUAAAACGCUGAAACUAGCCGCCUGCUGGGUGACCUUUGACCUCUUCGGGCCGUAUUUCUGGCGUUUUAGAGUCUGACAGUGAAACAUUGUCCCGGUCUGUCCUGAUCGAAGGUCUCAGCAGUUCAGGGUCUCCUGGUCCAUGGUAGGGGAAGGUCCCGCCUCCUUCGUCUCUGAUUGGCUAGAAAAGCUGGACUCCGAUUGGUUAUUGGCUGUGAAACGUCACAACAGGAUCAAGCCGAGCGCAGGCUGUUCUGAAUCUGUGAACCCGACAGACGACGACGUUUCACAGCUAUAAGGAAUAACCAAUCAGAGCCCAGCUUUUCUAGCCAAUCAGAGGCGAAGGAGGCGGGACCUUCCCCUACCCGGUUGUGGAGCUGUGACGUCCCCCUGACCUCCUGCUCAGACUGAUGUGGGACUCUGGAUCGUUCUCGCUGCAGCAGAGUUUUAAUAAUUCAGGUGUUUGUGUGGAGCAGCAGACUGAGCUGAGGGCCUCACAGCUGCUGCUGAGGAGGAGGAGGAGGAGGAGGAGGAGGAGGAGGAGGAGGAGGAAGUGGCGGUGGCGUGAUGUGGUGAGUCAGGCCAGUUUAAGAAGAAACAUCUUUGGAAUCAGGACGCAGAGAUUAAACCAACGAAAGGUUCCUCUGUUUCAGUGUUUCUGCUGUGAUAUAUGAGACACAUCUGUAGAUCCUCCGGAGAAGGUCAGUUCUGGUCCUUUGGACACUUUCACACAGACUGAUGGUCGAAAACACGAACAGAUCCAUCGAUAAAGAAAGAUUUGAACGGUCAUGGGUGAGGAAGGGGAGGGCGGACUUUGGGUUUUCUUCUCAGAGGUGUUUUGAUUUCAGACGCAGGUUUUCAUUUCUAUUUGUUAUUUUCAGCAGAAUAAAAACGUUCUUAUCGUUAACGAUCGUUUACUGCGACACUGCAAAGGCUGAACAUGAAACAGAACAAGUCAGGACACUGAACCAAUCAGAGGAGGCGAGAAAACCGAAUUGUCGGCUUAUUCCGAUUAAGACCGGACAACUGAAGGUCAUGUAAACACUUUAGUCCAACUAUAAUCAGAGUUUAAGAACUCUGAUUAAGACUCCCAGAUAAUGAGAUUGUAAUUCGAUUUUCUCUACCAUGUAACCAGCGUAGUCGGAGUAUGAUCGGCCACGCCCCCAUAACCCCGUAACAAACCCCCAGAGUAGAGGAGUAGCGUUGGUCUCCUCUUUAGAAAAAGUAGCGCGUCCAUCAUGUCGGACAAAAACAACGCUGUACGAUGCUCCAUCUUCUUGUUUCUCCAAAAUGCCCAGCAGCAGUUGUAGACACUUCUGACGUCUGACACCGACCUGCUGUUGUUGUUGACGGUUGGAUGGGGUCGGAAACAGCGCCGCUGAAAAGACCCAUAUCGCCCCCUAGUGUUGGGGAGGAGGACACGUUCACGUCAAUAAUUCAGUUUUCUCAGCUGCAUGUAAACGAGGACGAGGAGAGAAGUCUGAUUCAGAGAAAAAGACGAAUUAUGAGUUUAGUCUGAUUAAACUGAGACUGUAAACGAACUGAGAGAGAGAGAGAGGGCUGUGACCAAUCACACGAUAGAAGUCCCUCAGACCGCCAUCAAGAAAAAUAAGUCCAUGAGGAGGUGGGAGUCCAGGACGGAGCUGGUCUUUGGACUGUUUAAUGUUGUUUUCUCUCUGCUGGUGGAGGUUCUCCUGAAGGUCCUCAGAUCAAAGGUGGAUGGAUGAGUUUAGUGUAAAGACGGAGCAGACAGUGAGUGUUUCCUGGAGGUACGAGGAAAGGUGUGGGCUGAGCCUGAUUUCAAAGAGCUGUUUUAGGCUGAUAUUAAAGCUGCUCAGACACACACACACACACACACACACACACACACACACACACACACACACACACACACACACACACACACACACACACCUGAUCUGAAGUGAAAGACUUUGAAGUGGGAGCUGGCUCCCAUCAGGGAGCGGGACGCCGCUCCGUGGAUUACAUUCAUCCGCUCUAAUAGCCUUAUGUUUUUACGCCCUGAGACUGGAAGUGAUUGAGAGAAGAGAGCGGCGGGAACGGAGGCAGGAGGCACCCAGCUCGCCAAGAGAGCGCCAGAAAUCCAAUUUCCUGUCUGUGUCCCUUAACAGCAGGACAAAGAUUGUUGCGCCACACAUACGUUAGAGAGCUUCACCCUGAUGAAUGUGGCGGCGGGCGGGGAGAAGGCCAGACGGACGCUAUUCAAAGUGGCGUCUGAGAGUAAUGAAACAUCUCUACCUGAAAAAACAGACUGCAGCUUUAAGGAGAUGAUACCACCGCUCCGCUCCAGGAGGAAGCUCCGAAAUGACGGCGUUAACGAUGGUUUCAGAUGUGCCAAAGAUUUACGUAAAAGAAGGAAACAUCUGAGUUCAGAGGAGAGAGUCUCCUUCUUCUGCUGCUCCUCAGAGUCCAGGAAUCAGGGACGUUUACGCCGCUAACAGGUCUUUAUUUUUAUCUAAUUUAGUCAAACUGAAAGUUCAUUUACUCCAACAUGACAGUGAAAACCCAACGGUCCACAACCAUCCAAGUCCAGGACCAACCCCGUUAUAUUCAUGAAGAUCCACACGAUACCUCAGACCUGCAGAGGCUGGAGGAUCAUGUCAGAGCGGGUUUGGACCGGUCCUCUAGAGAACCGGGACUUUUUAGUGAUCCGGCUUAGAGAAAAAGUUUAUCCGUAUAAUUUUUUCAUAUCAGUCGAUAUCUGAACACAUCAAAACCUCCAAAAACCAAAAUACCUCCACACCACCGACGUUUUCCUAACGCCAGUGUUGUGGUUGACAUUGAUGUGGUCAUCUGUUGAGCCUUCAUGGUCAUUUCUGUCGGGGGUAGCACUCAUUUUCUUUGUUUCUCACCAACAGUGCUGUCGGCUUCACCUGUUAAAGUGCUAUGGUUGGGUGGAGCUGCUGUCUGCUACGACGCUGCAGUUGGUUGAUACUUGGUUCUAAUUCAGAACAUGAUUGGUUCAGACCCGGAGACACGCCCCUUUUUAUUAGUCGACCAAAACAUGUCAGAAUGACGACUAUUGAAAAGGAUAUUGAUCAUGUUUAUAUUGAUAUUGAGGAAAAUUAAUUUUAGAUAUUCUUUCGUUAUCGUUUUAUCGCCCAGCCCUAAUCCGGCUCUACAAUAACUGACUCUUUCAGUACUUUGGUGGUUCCCAGAAGUCCCAGGACCUGGAGAAGUCUCUGUUCUAAAGGGACAAGGACCAAAACCUGGACUGGAUGGUCCUGAUCUUCAGGGCAUUAAAAACAGACGGGACUCUGGAGUGGAAAUCACCGCAUGGAAAAGGACAACUGGACUGAUGUUAGUCGAAACGUCUCGAGUCAGUCCAGUUGUCCUUUCAACGAAGAACUGGAAAUCAUAGAUGCUGCAUCCUCAGUUUUAAAACUAUAUCUAUACAGGUUUAGGGGCAACAUCAGCUGCCAUCAUGACCCCCAAAACCAGGACCAAAGAGACCCUGAACCGCUGAGUUCUGUGGACUGUAAACAAAGUCCAGAGAGGAGAAAGUCCAGAGCCUCCAUCCUGACCUGGACUGAUAAACGGGUGAAUGAAACGCUCUGACCUUUGUUUGACGUUUACGGCUCCGAUCGGGGAUUCAGGGCUGAAUUAUCUGAACAGGGUUGGAGAUAUAAACCGUGUCGUUGUCCGCUUUUAUCGCCGUGAUUUAGAGGAGUAUUUAUGGAUUUGGUUUGAGCUUCUGUGACUAAAUAUAAAUAUGCAGAACAGGAACUAUUAUUGCAUUAUUUCACAGAUGAAACGGCGCUCCGACGGUUCGCUCUGAUUCUGUUUGUUUUUCACCUUUAAAGACAGUUUGAGAUAUUGAAGGAGACGACGAACAGGAAAACAAACAGAUUAAUACUCACUCCCCUGAACACACACACAGCAGGCGGUAAACAAACAGGCCGUAAAGCAUCCGUACAGCUGUCUGCUGCUUAUUCAUAUUCACACGCUCGUUAAACUGUUCGAUCUGAUCAAUUAUUCUGAACCUUAGAGAGUGACGAGUCCUCCGAGACCAACCCCAUCACUCCGCUCCGUCUCCGAGGUUAUGAGUCUAAAAAAGCAGCGUUUUUAUCCAGACUCAAGAGAGAAGAGCACUUCAGCUUCUUCUGAUAUGAUUACUGCAACUAAAACACACACACACACACACACACACACACACACACACACACACACACACACACACACACACACACACACACACUCGCAGAGGUGGAGGAUCAGCUGGUGUAGGAGUGAGGCAGCGGUGAAAUGGAGCUAAUGAUGAGUUUGUGUCGGGACCGAUUCAGAGGCUGAGUGCUUUUUAAUAUUCAUCCCUUUAGUGGCGAGGCUGAGGUCUGUCAGCGUGGACUCUUCGGGGGUCAAAGGUCAAACAGAAACGAGAGGAGACGGGGGGUGUUUACAGUCAGUCGGUGGUCGAACAGCGUUGGUGGAUCAGUUACAGUUUAACAGGAAAAAACAGGAAGUAAAACCUCAAAAACGAGGAGGAGGAGGAGGAGGAGGAGGAGGGACAGGGAUGGGGAGAGCGAACGAUCGCCGCGGGCGUUACUGAGCGAAGAUAAAAUUCAACAUUUUAAAUCUGAUCUGAGGAGUUCCUCGAGGCUCUACAUUCGACCCUCGUCACAGUUCAUUCAGACUGAGAAAAUCGUGUUAUUGACGUGAACGUGUCCUCCUCCCCAACACUAGGGGGCGAUAUGGGUCUUUCUUUUCAAAACGGCUAACUGAAAAAUCCAAACGAAAAACAAAGACAGGAGAAAACCACAGGUAGGGAGGACAUGAGCGAGCGACAAACAAGUAACGAGGGACAGGAGAGACACAGGUGAGACACAGGUGAGACACACAGGUGAGACACAGGUGAGACGCACAGGUGAGACGCACAGGUGAGACACAGGUGAGACACACAGGUGAGACACAGGUGAGACACACAGGUGAGACACACAGCUGAGACACACAGGUGAGACACACAGGUGAGACACACAGGUGAGACACAGGUGAGACACACAGGUGAGACACACAGGUGAGACACACAGCUGAGACACACAGGUGAGACACAGGUGAGACACACAGGUGAGACGCACAGGUGAGAGACAGGUGAGACACAGGUGAGACACACAGGUGAGACACACAGGUGAGACACACAGGUGAGAGACAGGUGAGACACAGGUGAGACACAGGUGAGACACACAGGUGAGACACACAGGUGAGAGACAGGUGAGACACAGGUGAGACACAGGUGAGACACAGAGGUGAAGGAGGGAAGUUAAAUUUACAGGAACACAUCGUUUUAUUUUCAUCAGCUGGUAUCAAAGAAACCACUCUGCGCUCCUCCUCCUCCUCCUCCUCCUGAUGGAUCUCCUCUGAAACAGGUCCGUGUUUAUAAGACUGAGGACCAGGGGUGGACCCUGAGCCCCCUCUUUAACCACAUAUUGAUUUAUCCAAGAACUGAUGGUGGUCCUGGUCACUCCAUCAUUCAGCGAGUCAAUCGAUCCAUUUCUCAGAUUCAGGAUCUUGUUGGUGACCUCCAGUCUCCUGAAGCGGCUCACGGCUCGCUUCGUUUUCAGGUGUCAGAACUUACUGACCCGGUUGGACCUUCAGUUCCUUUCUAAUCCAGAGUUCAGCUCAGCUACAGUUACAGCGCCAAUAACUGAGAUUAAACUGUGAGAUUAAAUCAAACGGAGACUAAAACUGUGAGAUUAAAUCAAACUGAGAUUAAACUGUGAGAUUAAAUCAAACUAAAACUGUGAGAUUAAAUCAAACUGAGAUUAAACUGUGAGAUUAAAUCAAAUUUAAACUGUGAGAUUAAAUCAAACUGAGAUUAAACUGUGAGAUUAAAUCAAACUAAAACUGUGAGAUUAAAUCAAACUAAAACUGUGAGAUUAAAUCAAACUGAGACUAAACUGUGAGAUUAAAUCAAACUAAAACUGUGAGAUUAAAUCAAACUGAGAUUAAACUGUGAGAUUAAAUCAAACUAAAACUGUGAGAUUAAAUCAAACUAAAACUGUGAGAUUAAAUCAAACUAAAACUGUGAGAUUAAAUCAAACUGAGAUUAAACUGUGAGAUUAAAUCAAACUAAAACUGUGAGAUUAAAUCAAACUAAAACUGUAAGAUUAAAUUAAACUGAGACUAAACUGUGAGAUUAAAUCAAACUGAGAUUAAACUGUGAGAUUAAAUCAAACUAAAACUGUGAGAUUAAAUCAAACUGAGAUUAAACUGUGAGAUUAAAUUAAACUGAGACUAAACUGUGAGAUUAAAUUAAACUGAGACUAAACUGUGAGAUUAAAUCAAACUGAGACUAAACUGUGAGAUUAAAUCAAACUGAGAUUAAACUGUGAGAUUAAAUCAAACUAAAACUGUGAGAUUAAAUCAAACUGAGAUUAAACUGUGAGAUUAAAUCAAACUGAGAUUAAACUGUGAGAUUAAAUCAAACUAAAACUGUGAGAUUAAAUCAAACUGAGAUUAAACUGUGAGAUUAAAUCAAACUGAAACUGUGAGAUUAAAUCAAACUGAGAUUAAACUGAGAUUAAAUCAAACUGAGACUGUGAGAUUAAAUCAAACUGAGAUUAAACUGUGAGAUUAAAUCAAACUGAGACUAAACUGUGAGAUUAAAUCAAACUAAAACUGUGAGAUUAAAUCUGAGUUGGAGAGGAAUGAUUUUGAUGACGUGUUCGUCCCUGUUUUUCAAAGAUGGCGUUCUCAGGAAAGGGGCACUCAUCAGAGUCAGGUGUGUGUGUGUGUGUGUGUGUGUGUGUGUGUGUGUUAGAGAGAGCCUGAUUGGCCCUGAUGGAGAUCAGCUGUGUGGAGGUUUCUAGAAGGUCUUGGGCUUCAGGUCUCCUGUGAUCCAGUGCAGUGGUAGAGUUUGUUGAAUGAAUGAAUGAAUGAAUGAAUGAAGCUGGGACAGUCGGUUCCUUAAAGUCAGGGGUGGACAGUCAUGACCAACGAGGGCGGAGAGGCUGCAGGAGAUUUCACUGAUGACCUCCAAGCAGAGAACAGGAACUAAUCAGUGAAAUGACCUGGUGGAGAUUUGGGUUUGAAGGAAAACCUGCAGCCUGUCGGUCCUCUCGGUCCUCCAUGGUCCUCUCGGUCCUCUCGGUCCUCUCUGUCCUCUCGGUCCUCAUGGUCCUCCAUGGUCCUCUCUGUCCUCUCGGUCCUCCAUGGUCCUCUUGGUCCUCUCUGUCCUCUCGGUCCUCCAUGGUCCUCUUGGUCCUCUCGGUCCUCUCGGUCCUCCAUGGUCCUCUUGGUCCUCCAUGGUCCUCUUGGUCCUCUCGGUCCUCUUGGUUUUUAAUGAUGUUAGUGCGAUAAUAUAAAAACAUGUCGACAAUAAAAGGAAGAUUCAACUGGACUUAGACGUUUCACCUAACGUCUCAGCUAGGUCCAGUUGUUCUUUCAACGAAGAUCCAGAAAUCCUAGAUGCUGCACCCUCAGUUUAAAGAGUAGUUUCCUGUAGUUUUGUUGCAGGAGUUUGAUUCUAUCUUUGAAUCAUUUCUACUAAACUUAGCAGGAAUCAUCGAACAGGAGCGAUGAAAUCCUCCAGGUUUGGGAGAAACAUCUCAUCAGGUUUUGAAAACGUCCUCCUGAUUUGAGCCAAAGUUCUUCCAAAGUCUCUAACCUCCACCUGUCUCCAAAGAGCGCUCGCUCAGACUGGUUUCCUGGCCGGCAGGCUCGGAGCAGACCUUGUUCUUGUUUGGAGCUGUGAAACAGAGAGCCCUUCACACUCCUCUCUCGCUCUCAUUAGUCAUCUUUGUUUUGUCUCAGGGGAGCGUCUCUUCAAGGUUUCUUAAAUGCAUGAAGUGGGUUCAUUAUUCAAACGUUUCCUCUUCCGUCAGGCUCGGCUCCGUCCUCUAACCUGUUGGAAAACAUCCUUCAGUGUUUAAAGAAAUCACUGAGUGUUUAUUGUGGCGUCCUCGCUCCGCACGCUCCACCGCUGAGUUAAUUCUGCUAAUUAUGUAUUUAGAAAUCUGUCUGUGUGUGAGAGAGAGACACAAACACACUCAUGCAUAAUUCACCUCCGCUGAAACGUUUCCUCUGAUUCUGGAGAUGUUGAUUCAGUGUCUGCAAACAUGUUGUGUGUUUGCAGCAGCAGCAGCAGCGCUGAGAGGAAGCCGCGCUAACGUUCACUCUCAGGACACCCUCAGACACUCAGAGAGGAGACAAACCUCUGCAGACAAACUGAAUAUUGAUCCUUCAGACAAAAACGACAAAGGUGAGCAGAUGAACGGAGAUCCUCUGCAGGUCAUGUAGUCAUCUACUGCGAUGUUCUCCGUGACGUUUGUCCACCUGAAGAAUCAGGAAAUCCAGCUGAUCGAGUCGUUGGAGAAGACUCUUUUUAUUUAGUCUAAACUCUUCUAAUAUCAGUCAAUAGUUAUUAGUUAUUGAUCAUUUGGUAAUAUAUCGAUAUCUCUGUGUUCUCUUCUGUCUGUGUCGUCAACAUUUGAACAUUUUUGAGCGGUCCGCUCUUUCUGACUGUAAACAAAGACGUUCUCCACCUCCUCUAACCUGAUUGGUUGUGAGGCAGACGCUGCUCCCCCGUGUCGUUCAGGAGCCCAAACAAAGUUAGCGUGCUACAAUAUCGGACAGUAGAAACCAACCAGAAAGUUCGGAAAAUUGUCAGGAGUGGAUGGUCAGGAGUGGAUGGUCAGGAGUGGAUGGUCAGGAGUGGAUGUUCAGGUGUAGAUGGUCAGGUGUGGAUGUUCAGGUGUGGAUGGUCAGGAGUGGAUGGUCAGGAGUGGAUGGUCAGGAGUGGAUGGUCAGGUGUGGAUGGUCAGGUGUGGAUGGUCAGGUGUGGAUGGUCAGGUGUGGAUGGUCAGGUUCGAUCUCAGGUGUGGAUGUUCAGGAGUGGAUGGUCACGAGUGGAUGUUCAGGUUCGAUCUCAGAUGUCAGUAUAAAGGUCGUGUUUCUCCGUCAGACUGCUCGGGGUUUUCGAUCAUCUGCUGGUCCUCCAUGUUGACGUGGACUCUGUUUCUCCUCAUGAGUAAUGGUCUGAGCUGAGUCGGGUCCAGCAGAGAGAUUUACGGUCCUGCGAGGCGUUUAAGGAGCCGGGUUAUUAUAGUCCUGAUGAACGAUCAGGAACCAUGAAAAGAGCGAGUCGGCUGUUGGACCCAGGAGCUUCUCCUGGUGGGUGGUGAUGACGAUGAUGACUGUGAGCUGGAUGUUUAAUACCACAGGGUUUCAAUUAUUCUCCUGCAUAUUUAAUCGUCUCCCUCUCUCUGGACGGAUUUAAGCGGCUGAAUUUAUGAAGAGGAUUGAUGUGGUUCUCAGUGGAUUCAGUUUUUUUUCACUUCUGCUCCAGUUGAGAGUUCAGCUGCUCAGACGGUCUCCUGGAUCACCUGAAGGUUUUUAGAGUGAGGGUUUCUGUGCAGCUUCAUGGACGGGAACUUCCUUCUUCAGACUGAAGAUAAAAAUCUCAGAGUUUACGUUCGUGCGUGUUGAACCUUUUCCAGGGUUCGAUAACCGGUUUUUAUUUUUGACCUUUUCUGCACAAAAACUCUGCAGAGCCACCGAACAAAUUCACUUCUCCACUCAAGGUUCAAAACGUGAGAUAACCUUCUUCUUCUUCUUCUUCUUCAGGUAGAUCAGGUACGAAGCGAAGCCGCAAAAAAUCAUGUCGAAAGGAAACCUGGGUGAGAAGUCGACUAACGGAGAGCUGACGGAGCGUUACUGCAGAUCUCAGUCAGUCCGUUUCCAUGACAAUCAAGAAAACCGAAUUAUCGCCUUAUUCCGAUGAAGACCGGACAACUGAAGGUCAUGGAAACACCUUAGUCCGACUAAAACACCCAGAUAAUGUGAUCGGAAUUAGAUUUUCUCUACCAUGUGACCAGCGUAGUCGGAGUAUGAUCGGACAAUGAGCCACGCCCCCGUAGACCCGGAACAAAAACACCAGAGAAGAAGUGACGCUAUCACUUAAAGAACUUAUGACUCAGAAGCAGCUGUGACAUCGCUGAAACACGAAAGAACGUCGACUUUAGGAACGAGGAGGAGGAGGAGAGCGCCGUUAUUCUCUCUGUCGGGACAGAAAAGUGUGUUUUCAAGUUUAUGGACGGUCGAAAAACGAGGAACAGAGACAUUUUUAAAAAAGGUUCGGAAACAGCGCCGCUGAAAAGACACAUAUCGCCCCCUAGUGUUGGGGAGGAGGACACGUUCACGUCAAUAAUUCAGUUUUCUCAGCUGCAUGUAAAGGAGGACGAGGAGAGAAGUCUGAUUCAGAGAAAAAGACGAGUUAUGAGUUUAGUCGAUUAAACUGAGACUGUAAACGGAGCGCUCUGGUCUCUGAGGAGGAAGCAGGACUUUCCUGUGACAGACGGACUCCCAUCAUCCUCCUCUCUCUGCAGGGUCUGCUCUGGACCAGCCUCUAGAUGCAAAGUUCAUGACCUUUCAUUUCUGGUUUAGUGCAGGUCGUCUCAGCAGCCACAGCUGCAGGAAAUAACCACCGAUGAUCAUAUCGGCACACUGGCUGGAUGUAAAACGUUUAAAAAAGAACAAAUGAAAUUAAAAUCUAGAAAAAACAAAAUCAGUGGAGAGAGGGGGACGAACCCGCUCCAACCAGAAGAUCUCUGAUUUCACAGUGAGAUUCUUCUUCAGCUCUUUCCUCCUUAUUCCCAAAAUAAUCCACGCACACUCGUGUCUGGGACGCCACAUAAAUAAGCGUGCGGUUAAUGGUGCAGAUAUUUGUAAAUGAGCUGAAGACCGACACUAAGUUUGACGAUUAGAGUGCAGGUCAGCUCUGGAACAGGAAGGCAGUGGAGUGAAACCCUCCGUAACGUCUCCCAUAAUCUCCCAGAUUUCCAUAACGAUCAUGUAAACAGAGCGAGCUCGUUUCACCGCUUCACUAUAUCGGCCUGAAGCGCCUUUGUGAAAACACUCAGGUCUUAAUGGAGCUCGCCGCCGCCCCCUGACAGCAGGACGUUUCUAAGACAGCUGGACUCCCAUCAUCCUCCUCUCUCUGCAGGACACACUCAUGGACCAGGACCCUUCCAGUCCCCCGCAGUCUGAGGGCUGAUGGUUAACGGGCGGCUGAUGACCCAGUCUCAGCGCCAUCACAAACCUGUAAUCCACAUGAUUAGACAGUUUCUCUCGGUCUGACCUCCGAGACCCCCGUCAGCUGUCACACCUGGGCGUUCACUGGGACCCUGAAGCUCUGCAGAAACCAGGACUGGUUUCCAGUUUGGUUGUUGGAGCAGAGCAGUAAAUAAUUUAUAACAUCAUCUAAAUACAAAUUCACAUGAGAGACGUUUUGGACGAUGUUGUUGAUAUAAAUCAUAAACAGCAGUGGUCCCAUCACAGAGUCCUGAGGGGUCCCACUGAUCAUCGAAGAGCUCGAAAACGCUGAGGACUGUGAGAGGACGAACAGCUGACAGCUACAACCACAGGUCGUUUCAAACACUAAUAUGACGACUCCAAUAAUCAUGAUCAAUAUUAUUAAUUAACCCCCCGCUGACUCUACACACACACACACACACACACAAACACACCCUCACCAGUCCAGAAGAGACUCCAUCUGAUCCUCCUGCAGUUAUUGAUUACUGAUAAUAAUCAUCAUUGAUAAUAUUAGUUAUUAAUAAUAAUGAUUAUUAAUGAUCAUAAUGACACACCAAACGGAGAACAGAGACCAUCAGAGUCACUUUUACUGUCAUUAGGAUUUUAAUUAGUAAAACAGCUGUGAAAACCCUGGAACCUGUAUAUUGAUUUUAUUGAUUAUAUUGAUUAUAUUGAUUAUAUUGAUUUCAUUGAUUAUAUUGAUUAUAUUGAUUAUAUUGAUUAUAUUUGUAAUAAUGCUGCGCUGAUUCCUCCCCCGUCCCCAUCCCUGACGUCUCUCUCUCUCUCUUUGUUUCAGUCGCUUUCUCCGGUCUGGGCUUCACCUCCUUCUACCUGGCGGGGAAGCUGCAGUGUUUCACGGAUCAGGGUCGGGGGCGGAGCUGGCGCCUGUGUGCCAUGGUGCUGCCUCUCUACAGCGCCAUGAUGAUCGCUCUGUCACGCACCUGCGACUACAAACACCACUGGCAAGGUCUGUUCUUGACUCCCAGACACCUGAUUGUUUCUGCAGAUCUCCACGGAGACUGUCGCCACGGAGACUGUCGCCACGGUUACAUGUGCGAAAUUUCUUCAUCUGAUUAAAAAUUUGAGGGAUCGGAAAAUCCGAAUCCACUGUUUAUAAGGCCGCAAAAUAAAAAAUAAUCCGAUCAUGACGUGCGAAUACAUGAACCAAGCUUUGAUCAGAUUAGAAGCUUUUGGACAAAUUUGUCUGAUUUCACUAAAACAACCGCAGAAGAAGAAGAAGAAGAAGAAGAAGAAGAAGAAGAAGAAGAAGAAGAAGAAGAAGAAGAAGAAGAAGAAGAAGAAGAAGAAGAAGAAGAAGAAGAAGAAGAAGAAGAAGAGGAAGAAGAAGAAGAAGAAGAAGAAGAAGAAGAAGAAGAAGAAAAAGAAGAAGAAGAAGAAGAAGAAGAGGAAGAGUUGUAUUUACGCCUCUGCUGUCAACAAACCAACCAACGCGGUGGCGGCUCUCGUCAUCCGAUUCAGGAUUUUUCCCCCAUGGUAAAUGUUGUCACUAGAUGGCGCCCUUCCGUACUUAUUUUACUGUUCUGUCAACGGUUGUACUGUGCGUGCAGAUGUGACAUCAUCACCUGCGGUCGUGUUAAUAAUGAAACCUCCUGAACGGACCUCGAUCAAUAAAGAGUGAAGAUCGAGUCACGUAAGAAACUCACGAUCGGAAUGAGUGUCGACAUGGACGCGUUUCGGAAUAACGAUCGGCAUAAACCGCCCCGCUCAGUCAGAAAACAAUUUCUUUGCGAUUGAGCCGGAUUGGAUCAGAAUCUUCGGAUCGACAUGCGUGGAUGGUCAGGUGUGGAUGGUCAGGUGUGGACGGUCAGGAGUGGACGGUCAGGAGUGGAUGGUCAGGUGUGGAUGGUCAGGUGUGGAUGGUCAGGUGUGGAUGGUCAGGUGUGGAUGGUCAGGUGUGGACGGUCAGGAGUGGACGGUCAGGAGUGGAUGGUCAGGUGUGGCGCAUUUAUUCCGAACGUUCAUGUAAAAUUACUGUGGACUGAUGAGUGUGUGUGAGUGAGUGUGUGUGAGUGUGUGAGAGUGAGUGUGUGUGUAAUUCACUUUCCUCUCUGUUGUUUUCCAGACGCCGUGGUCGGGGGCGUGAUCGGUUUGUUGUUCGCCUACAUCUCUUACCGGCAGCACUACCCCCCCUUCCUGCACUCGGACUGCCACCUGCCUUACGCCAGUCUGCCCGCCGCCACCGCCCACACGCCUCCCCUCAACCAGGACGACUCGCAGCCCACCGACAACGCCACCAGCCUCCCCUUAGAGGGUCUGACCGAGGGGCCCGUAUGA